GGACAGCCCAUUUCUUCAUGUAGACACACACACUCACUCACACAUACACUCAAGCAGAGGUCGCAGAGAAGAAACCCACCGCUUCGUGUUGUUCUCAAACAGCCUCCAUGUAGCUCCGGUCGUCUGUGUGAAAAGCUGCUCGGGAGAUUAUGACUGAAAACACCUGGGUGCGGCACACUUUAGAAGAAAAGCUGUCGCGCUGCCGGAGGUCGUACGGCGCAUUUUUGCCUUUUGUAUUUCCUUGCUGAAUGUCGUGGACAUUUUGGAUUUUUUUAAUGCUCUGUGUUAGAAAAUCUUACAAAUUAAGGAUUAUUUUUCACCUGUCUUCGUGUUGAUUUACUUUGUUUGAGUUAACAUCUGGACGUUGAGGACUUUUAGUGUGUGAAAACAGCUGGGGAGAAAAUCGUUAAACAAGUUGAGGACGCUCUACGGAGACGUUAACUGUUAGCUCGCUGCUAAUGCUAACACAAGCGAAAACCCAUUGAACUACCCUCACGCGAAUCUGCGAGGCUGGCUAAUGCCCUCUCCUUGUGGUCAUUUUUGGAUAACACCCUGACAGUAACCUGGACGUCUAAAAGGCAGACUCUGACUCAACAUUGACAAAGGUAGGUGUCUUUUGUUUGCGCAAGUUGCUGCUUCUGUUUUGUAUGUGGGGCCCCAUACAACAUGCUAGCAUAGCUGCUAGCCUCGGCGCAGCAUCGUUAGGGGUCCCAUUCUGACUUGAGUUAUACACAAAUUCAGCCUCUUUAAAAGCUAAAAAUAUAAUCGUAUAGUCUCAUUUGAACACUGUAAGUCUACAGUCAUACAUAUGUGGACAUAGAUAUAUCAAAAUGUGUAAUUAAAUCGGUGUUUUAGACGGUAACUGACCGAAGCAGCUGCCUGCCCUCAGUAUGUUUCACAUCAACAGCUGUCCAAAGCUAUUCAGAGCCACCCAAGUGUCUGAUAAAAGCAUGCUCCAGUGCAUUCAAAAGACACUGCAAAUAACUCCUUCAUAUUUCCCUGUCAGGCACAUUAUAAUGUAAACAGCUGCAGUGCAACAGCAUCAGCAGCAGCAGACACCUCUUUUGUUGCAGAGCACCUUCAGCCUCCUCGAAGGAUUAAUGCUCUGUACCCUCAACAUAUCGGCGUUUUCAUUUUCUCACCACUCCACUAAUCAGAUUACUAUCCCUCCACUUAACUCCAGUGUAAUUUAAUCCCGUUAAGAUUAGACGUAGAUGUUGGAGCUAAUCUCACAGGUUUGAUUUUCGGAUUUCCCAGCAGGUCCAUCCUUGUUGUUGGUGUCUGUAUUUUUGUGGACUGCUUUAUGGGAAAUGUUGUCAAGAUAUGCAGCCAAGAGAAAGCUCAGAAAACCGCAGUGUCGAUCAUUUUCAGGUGCAAAACAACAUCAGGUUGUGGCUGUUUUUCAUUACUAUCUGAAUUACAUCAGUAGGAGCUUUGUGGUUUUAACACACCGGUGACAGCCUGACAUUAUGCACGCAGUGUAAAUCUUCCCAUCCCCAAAACACACCGCUUUUGGCCUACUAACCAAAACCAUGACACAUUUUUGCAUCUGAGAAUUAUCUAUGCAUAUAUUACACUGCUUAUAAAUGACAAAAUAGGCAGCAGAGACUUUGUGCUAAUAAGAUAAUUACAGUAUUUACAGUAUUUAUGUUAAUAUUCUUUAUAUUUGAUAAAUUUCAUUACAUACAAGCCAAAUCAGUGGGACAGCUUCAUUGUGAUGUCUUGAUUUUACUUCCUGGAGUCUUCAGUCAUGUGAACUAAACCAAUAUGAUCUCGUAAAUUAAUGCAUCUGAGAAUGAUCUGAGCAUAUUACACUGCCUAAAAAUGACAAAAUAGGCAGCAGAGACUUUGAUAACAAUAAGAUAAUUACAGUAUUUACAGUAUUUGUUUUAAUAUUCUUGAUAUUUGAUGAAUUUCAUUUGGUACAAGCCAAAUCAGAGGUACUUAUUUCACCUUUCUUAAUUUUACCUCCUGGCGUCUUCAGUCACAUAAACUAAAUCUAAUAAGAUCUCCAGAAUUAAGACAAAUGCAUCUAUUGAUUGGUCCACUUUGAGCAGAUGAUAUUGAUUUUCGGGUCAGUAAAUCAUUGUAUUGAUCUGUGAUGUUGCAUCUAAGAAUGAAAACUGUAUCUAGUAAUUGUCACACUAGCCUGUUGUGUUGAAGUGUCUUGUUUGAGCCUGAUUUGUAUUUCUGCAGCGACUCUACACCCUAGCUGUAGGACUGCACAAUAUUAUCAGCAUGAUAUUGAUAUGGACAGCUUGGAAAUUUCUGCAUAUAUCAUUAUCGACCAAUGAGAGGAUGUAUUAAUUCUGUGCACAGUUUACACAUGUUGGCUGUAUGGUAGCAAACCAUUAGAAACGGACCCCAGACAGAUAACUACAUGCCUUCAUAUCAUGCAUUCCUAUCUAGUGUAUGCUGUAUGUUCACGUUGCUCUGUGCUGAUGCAGAAGCCAACUCCUGAAAAAUGUAAAUACGCAUUACGAAAACAUUUACGUCAAGCUUUAUGAUUGGUCCAUCAUGUUUCCUGCAUUUCCAGCACUUAUGGUAUUGGUGCACCUCGGCCAGACAAUAUAUCUCUCCCCCCUUAGGGAUGCAAAAUGGCACAACAUAGGUAAAACAGCUUAAAAGUUCAUGUGUAAUAUUGGCAGAUAUAAAAACUCAAGCCAUGACUUAGCUUAAGCAAUGAAAGCCUGAGCUCACCAAGAAUGAGUUUCAACUUUUUGGCCAUAUGGAAGUACUGUAAAUUGUCAGGAAUAGAUGGUAAAUUGGUUAUUUGCAAUACUUCAGAAGUACAGAGGAAAAAAGGACAAGGAGCCAAAGACUCCUGUUCCAAUUACCUCUGCAAUUGUGGAUCUUAAGAAUGCUCAUCCUUGACAGCUUAUCGUUAAUAGAAGAAUCAAUAGGACUACCAUAGAAUUCACUUUGCUGACUAGCAUCUCGUCAGAGUACUGCAGAGCAGCAUGGACACUUCUCACCACCAUCUCAGGAUGUUUCACUCAGAUUACCUGGAUAAACUGUGAGUGCAGACACCUGACUUUACCAGGACUUUUCCCUGCCAGUCUCCAUGUAACAUUCCUGCAAGAAAUCAGGCUGAACAGGUGUGAGAAUGCAGCAGGUAAAAGUCAGGAAAAUUCCACAGCUGGGAUGCUUGUAAUCCAACAUGAUAUCAGUAUAUUUUCCUGCAUGCUGGUGUGUUUUUGUCACUCAUUUGUUUAUACUGUAACUGGGAGACAUGCAAAACAUUGAUGUAAAGGCUAAAAAGCUACCAACAUGACGUCAGACUCUGAUUUGCCUGUCAUCUUUGAGAUCUUGUUCACAUUAACUUGAGGGAAAAUGUGGGGUCAUCUGCCCUGAAAAUUUCUGGACAUUUUCAGGAAUGCCUGUGGGAAAAGUCCUAUAGAGGAAAAGCCUCACUUUUAACUAAUAAGAUGUUAUUCCUCUGUUCAAAAGGUAGAUUCAGACUAAACUGUUGCUGACACCCUGAUUUCCACAGACUUAUACACUUUUGCUUCAUCCCUCUGCCCUCCUUUGAUCACUCCCAACCAAAGGCAAACAACGCUAUGCAAGCAAGCCCGCUCUCCCCUAUAACCCACUGUAUAAUCCACAGAAACAGUCUGGCCACAGUGGUAUGCAUUGAUGUGUUGAAAGCCUGUGUUUGGUGAACAUGUCAUGCAUGGACUUUCCUGUGUGAUCAUUUACAACAGACCUUAUCUCGAAGAUAAGGUGCAGUCAAACAAAGGCUCUCAGCUGCACUGCUCUAUUCUCACACCGGUGCCAAAGUGGUGUUGUUACAGAUACACUCGGAUAAGAGGUUAUUGUGCCACUUGGAGACAAAAUGAAAGCAAAGAAUUUGGAGGAAAAGUUGCAGAUCUGUGUUUUCUUAUCUUCAUGGCCUAAAAACUGGUUAAUUCACUUUCCACAAUGCCUCCAUUGUGAUAUUUGCUUCACCAUAAUUCCUCCUGAAAUGAAAAAUCCCUGGAUAAAGACCCAGUUUGCCGAAGUUUCUCCUCUCAAAAGCCCAACAGAAUCUCGCUCUGUGAUUAAAACUAGUUUUCCUUGAUGGUGAUUCCUUUAAAAGUCAAAUGAAACUCUAUCUGUUCUUCCUCGUGAUGAUGUAAUGCCUGUUGAAACAGGACACAGUCAUGGUGAUCAUCCUGAACUGUGAGCCAAUGGGAUAUCAGCUGAAGAGAAAACAUUAGAGGGUCAAAAGGGUGUGUUUGUGUAGUACGUCUGCUGAACUGAGCGCUGUGAGAAAGCGUAUUGUUCUUGGCUCACUCGGACUUUAAGUUGUCCGUCUAAUGGCUCAUUUUAGGGUCAGAAAUCCUCCAGUAUGUUAGAUUGUGUGACCCUUUAAUGGCACUUUUCCUUCCCUUAGUGUUCUUGGAAAUUCUGUGAAAUGACAAAACAGAGAUGUCCUAGAGCAGCAUGCGCAUAGUUAAGUUGUGACGCAGCUUCAAGAAUGCAUUUUAAAUGUCUAAACACUCGUGACGCUGUCAAAGAGUUGCAGUGACGUAUUGCGACAGAGAACAAACCUGUGAGAAUAAGUUGUUCUGUUGGGAAAUGAGUCAGUUGAAAUGUUCUCAGCUGGUGUGCCAAUGUGUAUUUUGCUUUUAAUGUACUGCAGCAUGUCCAUGAUGACUUAGAGGGGGCAGAAAAGCACUAAAGCUCGGCCAAAUGUACUUCAUAUCAUGUCUCAGCUGAAACCAGUUCAGAUUUCAGCUUUAAUAGCCACCUAUAAAAGUCUUAUCACAUUAUUAUCACAGUUUUUAUUGCAGAUAAAUGUAUUUAAUAGGUGCAGUGAACAAAAAGCGGCAGUAAAAGAUUGAAUGUAGGGUUUUUUCAUUGUUUCGUUCGGCUAGUUGUGAGAGUUUUAUAGCGUGAGCAGCCCAGCCCCCUCUCGUUCUCUUUCUCAAAGCAGGUGCCUGUGUUGGUUUUACUUUCUGUUUAUGGUUUUCUUUACUCAUUUCCUUAUAAGGCUAAAUGAUUUGAGCACUAAGGUGGUUUAAAAACUGAAAAAAAGGAUAAUCUAGUUGUCAUGUUUGAAGUUAAAUGCCCUGUCAGGGACUUUCUCUUGGUCUCUAAUGGUCGUAAAUUUAAUAUCCUAAUUAUAGAGUGCUGGCAGAGUUAGUAAUUUUAACACCAGGGAUGCUUAUGAGAGGUUUGCUGACAUUUAAAGCUCCUAUGAGGAGUUUUAAAAUUUUCUUUUUUUUUUUUACAUUAAAUAGACUAAAAUUUGUGUUGGUUGGAAACAAGACCACCAGCGAUGACACUGGCAGUUUGUUUAUUGUCAUUUGUAAUUAGGGCCCGACCGAUAUGGAUUUUUUGGGGCCAAUGCCUGAUUACAGAUUAAUCAGAUUUUUUAUUUUUUUUAUGAGGUUAUAAAAUAUAUAUAUAUAUAUAUAUAUAUAUAUAUAUAUAUAUAUAUAUAUAUAUAUAUACUAGUGCUGGACGAUAAUUCGAUAACAAUAUAUAUCGAUCGAUAGACGUGUGGUACGAUAGAAAAAAAACGGGUCGAUAAAAAGUUCGAUAGAAAAACACAGUUUCCCUUUCUUUUUCAUCAUAGCCUAUCAUGUAGCUUUUACUACAGUCAUUACUUCCUCCCAACCAAUCACAAACGCAGACCCAGGUACGCUACGGCACCAAGCCCAGCCCCUCUCAAACCACAACAGACAGCACGUGUAUUAGAAAAAAUGAUACAGCAAGGAGAAGCGGAGGACAUUGUCCCGAAAAAAGGUUUCAGUAGUUCACCAGCAUGGCAAUGUUUUGGUUUUUAGAAGUCUGACAAAAAGCGAACAGCGGUCGUUUGCAAAAUUUGCAGAGAAUUAGUAAAAACCAAGUCUGGUAACACAACCAACUUGUUUUACCAUCUAAACCGAUCGCAGCCGCAGGAGUACGAGCUGUGUCGGCCGCGCCGCGGCUCCACGUCGUCGGAGGAGGAAUCCUCUGGAACCGCUGCCAGCACCAGCACAAAGCAUGUGAAGCAGACCAAACUGGACUUCGUUUCUUGCCAAAAUACGACAAAGCGUUCGAGCGGCAUAAGGACAUCACCCAUGCAGUAAGAUGCUUCAUAGCAAGGGACAUACUGCCAAUAACUACCGUUGAAAAGCCUGGCUUCGACCAGCUUCUAGCCACUCUCGACCCGCGAUAUGAAGUGCCCGGCCGCAAGUAUUUCUCAAACACAGCGCUUCAGGCAUGAAAAUGGGUCAGGGGUUGAAAAGGUGAGAAGGGUGCGGAGGAAAUACGUUCCGGUGUUGUACCGUAGAAUGCACCCCUGUAUCCCGUCCACUCAUUAGCUUCUUAAAGUGGAAGAAAAUGAGCUCAUAUUUUACAAAGACGCGAGUAUUUGGAUCAUGGCUACUAGCAGGGGGUGCAUUCGGCAGGGGUGCAUUCUACGACACAACACCGGCGUGGAUAAGUCCUGCUUCUCUUGCUUAGUUUGUGUAUUAAGUCAAUCACAUGAUAAUUAAAAAAAAUAAAUCUCCCGACCCCGGGAGAAAUAUUUUAGUGUUCAGACACCAGGCUGUGGGCAGUUUCCCACACAGUUAAACCUGGUAGUAUGCUAUUCCCACCUAAAGCUAUUCUGUUUAUUUAUAUAUUUGUUUGUUUUGUUUAUUUUCAUCAAAAGACUAUUUAAAUAUUUAUUUAUCAGAUUUUCUGGUCACUUUAGUCUUUAUGUUUGUCAGUAUUUACUGAUGUCACUCAGGCCACUUAAGUUGAUUUCUUUUUUUUUUAGUUCUUUUUUUAAAAAACUUUCAGUUGUGGUAAAAAAAAAAAAAGGUGGUUGAAUAAAGGUUUGAAUUUGAAUUCAGUGCUUGUGUGUUCUUUAUUAAAAGUAGAUCAUUAAGCAAUAGCAUAAAAACAUCCAGGGCUGCAAUUAAAAUAUAUGUUAAAUAAUUAUAAUAAUCAUAUCGAUAAUUAUCGAUAUCGAUCAAUAUGAUUUAUUUUUUAUCGAUAUGCUUUUUUUCUAUAUCGUCCAGGCCUAAUAUAUACUGUAGGCUACUCCUCUUCACACUGACAGGAAGACCGACUGAUCAGGACCAGAAAAGCGUUUUCAACUACCCCCCACCCCCACCGCCGCAACUGCCAAUGGUCGGUGCUUCCGCGUCUUAGCUCACGUUACACAUUUCCGGUCCAGUCUCAUCAUAAUGUGUAUUGUUGUUUAUUCUACCAUUACUGGCAUGGCUAACAGUGUAGCAAGGCUAAUAGCAGAUGGCUAACUCUAACUUUAGCUUGCAUAUUACAUGGUGCUUCACCGGUAACUCGGCGUGACCGAGACCAGCACGGUGGGGAACAUCGUGAAGUGUGUUGAACUGAAACUUGUUGACUUAUUGUGUAUUUCACAAGCUGGUUUAUUUACCGAUAAGGCGGACCACUCUCCUCCGUGCGUCCCUGUCCCUGCCUGCUUCAGAUCCGUCACUCUGCUGUGCUGUGAGGUAGUGGAUGAAGAUUGUCAUGAGGUGGCUGCGCCAUCUACAGGAUAAGUCGGGGAACUUUUCAAAUGGCGGGACAUUUUCAUAGAGAAAACAAAUCUUAUUUCUGAAAAUAUUGGCGAGUUUUGGCCGAUUACUGAUUAAUCUCAAACGGGCUAAAAUUGGCCAAUUUGAUCAGCUCGCCGAUAAAUCAGUUGGAUCCUGUUUGUAAUGCCUGAAACUGGUACGAUGCGGUAGAUGUCAGCUGAGCCGCUGAAGAACCGGCCCUAUUUAUACAACUUCCAAAUAACAUGUUUACGAUUAAUGAUAUCUUUGACUGUCAUAAGUCAGCAGUCAGCAGCACUUCUGUAUUUCAUAGCUCUGUCAAACAACGGAAGUUGGAGUAGUAGUUUUUCCUUUUCAUAAAUUCUUGGUGCUCCUCAGGAUGCCAUUUCUGAGACGCACAAUCAAAUUUGGUCACAUUUGAGGAGUGUUGUUUUGCCCUUCCUCGUGUCACCUGUGCUUCAAAAUAGACAUUUGAAAAUGCUUCCAUACAGCAGACACACUGAAGCUUGCAGUUGACUCAGGUAAGCUGUCAUUGUGUGGGCAUAACUCGUGCAUCGCCUUAUUCGAAACUUUGCAUAUAUGCCAAUCAUGAACUUUUGAAGCUCUUACCUGAUGAUAUUGGACAGAUAAUAUUGUGCAGACCAAUGGAGAUGUCAAAUUAAAACACACGCCAAGCAGCAACCUCUGACCUUAAUGCAGAAGUGCUAAAAACUGCAGUUCUUCGAGUGUCCACUUGAGGCUGGCUGCUUUCAACCAACAUGAAACUCCGCUUCAGAAACAAAUGGGUGACAUAAUUGAGAUUUCUUCAAGUCUGUGGCACAGACAUCAUAGUUUCUGGAGCAAAAGGCCUGCGUUUGGUUCUGACGACCUGUCAUUCCAGUUUCCUGCCUAAUCCACAUCUAUUUCCUUCUGUCAAAGCACAAAAAGCCAAACGGUCCCUUUUAAACAAGACCAGAGGCUUUGAAAAGCCCGAGGUUUUGACGGGGAUAUUCUCUUUUGGACUGGAUCAUUUUAAUGUUUUGAUGAAUCAGGGAAAAGUCUGAGAACCUUAGUUAAAAAUCAGUUGCAGCCUUUUUCCUGUCAGUAAUCGGUCUGCCAAUGGCUUUACUGUCCAGCUGAAACCCUCCCACUGCCAAAAAACAAGUCCGUACAUCAUGAAUACUUCUAUAUUAACACAUCAUCAUAAACUGGGAUAGUCUCGGGCACCAGUGCUCCAUAAAAGCUCCCCAACCACCCAUAAAAUGUAAAGAUUUAUCCAUCUUUAAUCCCGCUUUUAUUAUGGCGUUUUGUUUUAUACUAACGCAACACCACUAAUAAAUUGGAAACAUGUGUUUAAUAGUGCGUCAUUGUGCAGAUUGAAGACACAUGUGCUCUUCUGGAAAGUCAUCCUGCACAAUUAAUCAUAACAACAGAAUAGCGAUAGAGCCAAGCCAAGCGCAAUAUGAAAUCACAGAUCUUGCUUUAAUGGUAAAAUGUGUGACAAAUCAGCCUGUCCAAACUUGUCGAAUUUGAUCACGGCUGUAUAAGCUGUAGAUAACAUGUAGUCAUGUUGAGUGAGUACCCUCUAAGUAAUACGUCUUAAAUGAGUCAGAGUUCAGAGUGUCAACAGCUUCUCUGUUUUUUUUAGCUCCCAUACCGAGGUUAUCACAUUAACAAAGCCUUUUCUUACCACGCAGUCAUGCAGCUUUACUUUAGAAGUUACCCAGAGGGGAAAGACAGGGCCUCUUCUCUUCCAGCUCUGGCGUGUGUCACUUCUUUUUCGGGUUUGGCUUCUGCAACAGAGCGGUAAACAUAUAGUGUUGACAUUUUGGCUUCUUUCUGGAGCAGGCUUCCACUCUACACACACGAUUUGAGUGUUUGUACUGGUGUGACGUCUUUGUUUGAGCUAUUAGUUAAAUUAAGUGUAUAUGCUUGUACUCCCGACUGGUUUGGGUUGGAGAGUUUCUUUGUUUAACGCUUCACGAUGACGCGUCCUCGUGUGGUCGGCGUUUGGACGUAUUUGGGAGCAGUUGUGUAGCUUGCACAACAAUGGAUGUAACCACAGAUUUGUUUCAUAUAUGUGAUCAUGUGACCAGCCAGGUCAUGGGAUUAAUCAGUCUCUUUGGAGGCUUAUCUGUGAUCCCUGCUGAGUAGUGUAUCCAGGUGGAAUAAAAGAAGAACAGAGAGUUUGCCUUCCUAUUUUUAAGUUCCUGAAAGUCUUGCUCUUUAUAAGGGUGGAUUACCUCAGUAACUAAAGCUGCAGCACAGCUAACUCCAUCUGCAGCGGGCUAUAUUCAGACGACGGAUGUCCCCAGCUGAUAUUAAUAAUUUAUGGUAAUGUUUCAGUCCCACUGACCUGACUCAGCCUGUAUAAAAAGCACUGACACAUCACUCUGAACCAAGUAUCCACUCUGUCAGACACUGUCACCAUUUCCCUUAUUCUCACUUUGGAUGCAACUAAGCAGUAUCUGCAUGGCCAAUAUAUUUGAGGACUUCUGCUGAUGCUUCACUGAAAGAGGGUCGACUCCAGCAUUUACAUUUCCAAGUGAAAAAACUGCACACUCAAGGGCCUCUCUACUAUUUAAGCGGACUUUUCAAUCAGUUUUAGUAUAGUUUUAAUUUUAGUUCAUUUAUUUAAAAACAAAAAUAAAACUCAUAAAAAACAAUACUGUAACUCUUGAUUGAAAGGGGGCUGAAAGAAGCGAACUUCUAUUGUCUACCCCUUGUUUCAAGAAACUGAUUCACAAAUUAGAUAAUAUGCAGCCAAGCAAAGAAGAAAUGGAAGUAGAAGAAGAAAAACAUCAACAAACAGCAAUGUUUACAACAAAAGGGGCAUAAAAUAACUUGAAGUAACGGCAGCAGCCCAGCCAUGUACUCAUCAUCCGAGUAAAUUUCUAGGUAUGAAACGUUGACAUGCUACAUGCAGUAUACAUACACACAUAAAUCUACCAUCACAUGCACACAUAUACACAUAUAAAUACAUAAACGCCUGUAUCUGUGUAUAAACCCAUAAAAACACACACAUUUUCACACAUACAUGCGCAGAGGUGUCAUUACUGAGCAAAAAAUUGAUUACCUGUCUUCAGUUUUAUUGCAGUACUUUCAUAAGUUUGUUCUAGCCCCCAAACCUACAAGUGCAUGUUCAUUCUUUAUAAGAAAUGUUGAUCAAAUCCAGUCAGUACUUCAGAUGCUUUUGGAAAACUCUGCAGUCAUAUUUUCAGACAGAAGCUGCGAUGCAGUGGUGGUCAAUCGACAGAGAGAUAAAGUCAGAAGAAAAGCGAACAAAGCAGCAAAACUGAAAGAUGAGAUGAGUUGUCGGAUUUUCUUCCCUCAGCGCUUUCAUGCCAAACUCAGAAACACAACCCUGCAGAAAAGGGCAGGAUUUCAUCUGUUCGCAGCUGAAGUCGAGCCUCCUCCUGCCUGCUCUCUGUCUGCCCUCGGUGACAGCUGCUACACCACGAACUUGCCACAUGUACUGAUGUUUUGAAAGGUCCUUUUAGCGUCUUAAUAAUGACACACAAGUUGUCAUUUUGACUGAGGCAGACAGAGAGAGCAGAGGCGAGGGAUCAAAACAUGGACUUUGAUUUUCUUUGGUUUUGUAUUGAAAUUCAAAAUUCAGAGAAUCAGCUUUUUGAUUUUCUUCUUAGUGAUAAUUUCAGACAGAUAAUCAAUGCUGAAAAUAAUUGCACAUUAAUCGAGUAGUUAAAAGCAGAUUAAUUAAUAGGAUAGUUUGCCGCUUGGACAGGUGAUCUAUUUGAUGGUCUGUGGACCAGCAGCAUCGCAUCAGCACCCCUCUGUUGUUUCAUGAGGAUAAAUCAAAUUUAUAAGCCAGUGUGUGCAUCGAUCUUUUUCUUGGUCUGUUGCUCAGUGGACAUUAAAGCUGGUUAACAAAUAGCAGGUCAAGCACAUUGACCACCGCUUAUAUCAAUAUUUAAUGAAUAGCCUAUUAAGUGCAAGGAAGUGAGUCUUUAUCUUGACUUUAAAAGUGUUGUAUAGUGUUUAUAGUAUUGUCAGUCAGUGUAAAUAUGCAUGUGUUAAUAAUACAGGUUCUCCCUCAUGAUUUCUUUGUUGCUGUGACCCAGUUAAGAUAAUUUAAAUCUGUCUCUUCCUCUUUCAGUCUGGCUGUCAAUCAUCAGGUGAAAUCUGGUUUCGGUUUCGUUAAUAAUUGCUAAUGAGGACAGUGUGUAUGCAGGAAAUGAGACAUUUAUGUUGCAAACUUCUGUGUGGUAAGUGGUAAGAUUUUGAAAGAGAUUUCAUCACCAUUGAACAAGAAAAGGUUCAACGCAUGUCAUAUUUCUGCUAUAAGCUGCUUCCCUACAGUACAGCCCAACUGGUAUUACAUGCAGACGGCUGGGCAGAGCCGUGGAUAACCAGACUGGGCUGGUCACAGACCAAAAAUAAUAUCUCAGCAAGAAACCCUGAUGCUUUCGGAUAUAUUUUAUCUUAUAAAAAAGCCAUGUAAAAUUCAUGCAGAGGACAAGAGCCAUGCACUGUGACUCUGAGUCAUCCCAAACAUAAAACAGGAAAGGAUGGUUGCAGAAGAAAAUACAAUUUAUAGAUGCAUCACGACAAAUUAGAGUAUAGGUUUCAGUAUUUUUUUUUUAACUCUGAUAUAUAUUCAUGAUUUCGUUAUUUGGAAUUUGAUAGUACAAAUAGCACGCACCCUUUGGUCCAGUUCUCUGCAUGCAACCACUAUCACGAUAAGGACUACUGCUUUGACAGUUGUCCAGAAGGUGAUUGUUGAUACCCUCCUUCGAGAAGGGCGAGCCGCCGCAGAGGGGUUACAGCUGAAAAGGUUGGCUGUUCACAGGAUGAUAUGAAAGCGUAUAAAUAGAAAGUUGACUGGAAGGGGAAAAGAUGUACGAGCAACAGGGACAGUUACAGCCUUUGGAGGACUGUCAAGAUCCUGGAAGAUUUCAGAGGGGGUGCUGAUUUCCCUCUCUAACAAGACUUGGCACCUGCCCACAGCGCCAAAACGACCAACAAAUGGCUUGUGAACAAGGACUGAUUCUGUGCUUAACUGGCCCGCUGCCUUAACAGACUGAACCCCCUGUAUACUAAAGAUAUAAUGGUAGGGCUUGGCGAUAAACCGAAAAUUUACAACAAUAACUGACGUCAUUUUGACCAUAUCAAUAUAUUCGGUUUAAAAGAAAUGGAUAAUUAAGGUUUGUUUUGGAUGUGUGUAGGUAGGCUAUAGUCUCAUAUCCCUUUUAAGAUGCUGUCCCAUAUUAGAGACUUGACUCCACCCCAUCCAGUCUGUAACAAAGAGAGAAAGACAGGUGAGGAGAUGGAGGACGGUUCAAAGUUGUAGCGGCUGGAGUGACGGCUGAAGUAGACAAAGUUAAUGUGGGAGGGGGUGAGCAGCUUGUGGAGUAGAUAUCGUCCAUUUAUCGCUAUUGAGGUGAACUGCUCAAUAUAUCGUGAAAUUGAUUUGAGGCCAUAUCAAUGUGCUCUACAUUAAGGCAUAAAAUCCUACUUUGGAGUUGCUUAUUUAACAUAUUAUAGCUUUUCUAUAUCAUCUUUUGUAUUGCUGGAUUGCAUGUGCUUCAAAUAAAAUACCCCAAAUUUGCUUCAUAAGGGUUUGAGACAGAAAUGUGACUCAGUGCAGCCUGGUUCUGGUUCAUCCAUAUUCAUGUCCGUUCAUAUUCACUGCAGAGGAACAUGCAGCCAAAAAUCCCAUCCAUAAAUAAUGUAUAGCUCAAGUACUGUACUCCACUUCUUCUUCUUCUGUCAGGUUCUUUUGUCCUUAGAUUCUGCAUCCUCCUUUAGCAACUCAUUUCGGGUCCGUAUCGACCCAGUAAUUCCCUAAGAAGAUUAACAAAUAGAUCUUAUUCAGAGAGGCUUAAUCUUGACUGCAUGUUACAUAUAGGGGAUGCAGCAGCCUUGUUUUAUAGCUGGAGUGGAGAAAGUCAGGGUCAGGCCGGGUUGUCCAGAAUCGAUUUCCCGAAAGUCUGGAGAGAUGAGGGGGCAAGAAAUCUCUCUGCACAGAUGCAUGAAGUGAUUAACUUCAAUUCAACAUAGUGUUUUUUUUUUUUGUUGGGAUGCAGUUUAGAACGAAUGCUGCACAAAUCCGAUUUUAAAAGCUUCUCAGUCCUCACACUUUUCUUAAGUGAUGGCUUGUGACCUGUUAGUUCCUCCUGCUCAAUAAGCAAAUUCCCUAUCACAUCACCUCCAUUUGUGAGGACCACCUAAGACAAACAGUACACCUUACACUUUGUUAAUGCUGUAAAGGAAUACAUAUGUAGUUGUGGUCUCUGAGGUAUUUACUAUAUACUUGGUUUGCACUCAGUGACAGAAAUAGCUCCUGCCAAAACAUAGUAUGAAAUACACUGUAUGAUGUGUUUGACCACAUGAGCAUAUGCAUUAAGGAACUCCAAAGUCAUUGCACCCACAUUGUGAGUUAUGGGUGGCAUCACUUGGUUUAAUAGCUUUGCAUUUGUCACCCAAGCUGCAAUUAAGUGCCAAAUCUGGUCCUUUAACUAAGCUCGUGCCGGGCGAGUAAAUCAAACUGAAGUGUCUGGUUUGUGUGCCGUCGAACUGCUGGGUUUGAAGCUCCACGUUCAGCUUUCACUGGCUUCAGCAUGCUGCAAUUUUAAUGCAGCUGAAUGGACGCAGGCUGGUCAAGCAGCACCUUGUGCACUGACCUUAAUUUACCAUGUUAGUAAUGCCAUGCGAUGUGACCCACUGUGGUGUUUACUUAUGCUGUUUGCUGCUUAAGAGCUAGAGAGUCACGUCCUUGGUCCACAGGUAUCACCUUUCAGUGUCGAUGUCGUCAUGAAACUCACCUCUACCUGCAGUCUUGGUGUUUGAACAGAGAAGUCUGACUUCAAUCUGGAAAAAGCCACACUGGAUCUUGGCUUCCUGUUUGGUGCAGGGAUGUUAUUAGCAGAGCAAAGGAACAGAGUGUCCAGGACAAGAAGCUGGUUAAACUAAUAAUCAAUUAGGCCAGUAAUCAGAAAUAAUGAUGUUAUUACCAUAGCAAACAAGACAAACAACUCUAUUAGAUGGCUCUUUCUGUGUGAUGAACUGCAUAAAGAGCAGAGACAAGCCUGACUCUUUUUCCCUGAAUCAGAUACUAGAGACCAGUUUUUGAUCUUUAAGUUUGGGUUUACUAUCUCUUCAUAAAGAUCUACAGAAAACACGUUACUUUAUCGUGUUUUAAGGAAGUCUCAAGGGGCCAUUUAGAGUUGAAGCUCUGCUACUUUAUCCUGUUUUAAACCAAGUGUGUAUGAAUUGAAAAGAAGAGUUCAGUGUAAAAUUGGUUGAUGCUAUGGCUACAUGAAAUUGGUUUCCUAAUGUUUAAUGGGGUUGCAGAAGCAAGAGAGGUGAACACACAAACUCAAGGUUGGGAAGGUAACAGAAUACCUCAUCAGCACUGUCCUACUUUUGUGGCACCCCUCUGUUUGGGUACCAAGUGCAUCCUCAAGGGUCCGAUAGAUAUACCCUUUGACUCUCUUUCAUGCUUUUGACAUAAAUAUAGUUUGUUAGUCAAAGGGAAAUGGCUGAAACAGAUGUGAGAUGUGUGCAAGAUGCUCAGCUCACACUAUCAGUCUGACAGAUCUAAUCUGUCGCCAUGCAAACCAACAUGAAACUCUGGAGCUGUCUCACAGCUAACAUGCUCAGAGUUCACUAAACUAAAACUACACUGCACGGUGGAAAUGCACCUUUUACUUUGAGUUUUGUGGCUUACAUUUGUGGCAAAUUAUUAUUUUUCUUCUCCCUUUUUCCUUUUUCUAAAUUUUUUUUUAAUUAUUACAUUUAUUUAAGUUCUUGAUAUUACAAUCUUUAUUUUUUUAUAACUGCAUUUUUGCACUCUUUGUCUGUGAUGCUGCUGUGACAAAAAAAUUUCCCCCAUGGGGGAUCAAUAAAGGAAUAUUCUAUUCUAUAUUCUAGAUGAAAAAUAAUCCCGGCCAUCGUUUGUCAGUUAAAUGAAAAGGUCAUCCGAGGGUCAUCACCACUUCCUGUACUGAGUUUUAAUCCAGUAUCUUCCUGAUAAAGCAUUUUAUUUGUCUCCCACAGUCCCUUAAAGCUUGCAGAGAAAUGCUGGGUAUCAGGAAUGAAAACAGAGACGUGGUGACCUAUAUUCAACAGCUUCAUUCUUAAAAUCAGCUUCUUAUCUAACGCCUGAUGUAGAAGCACAUAUAUAUUUUUUGUGUCCCCCUGACAAACUACUUUUAUUCUAAUCGGACUCAAACAAGGUGCAAGGUGACAUUUCCUGUACCGUCUAGUCAUGGUUUCACAGUCUGGUUGCAGCAGCGAUGAGGCUCUCGCUACAAAAGAGAGGAGGCUUUUGCUGUUUUGCUGUAGCUGCACAGCCCCCUUCCCCCCACCGUCAACACCCCAGUUUUAAAAAUUGACACUUCUCUCGCUUUAUUCUGGCAUGUGACAGAGAGAACUUUUGUUUGGCAAAGAUUCAGUAUCCUAAAUAGAUGAGAUGAGGAUAAAGGCACCCAGGAGGAAGUGGAGCAGAAACUAAUGAGUCAGUUCAACCCAGUGUGUUCCCAGCUGAUUGGGAGUUCCUAUGAAUAAGUCAAAAUCUCUCUCUUCUUGCCUCUUAUUGUCCCCUCCCUCUCUCCUGCUCUAUAGCUCUAUUGUGCUGGGUGGAGAUAACAUCAUCCUGCACUAUCUUCUAGCUGCCGCAGUUAGUCUCAGAUCAGCUAGCAAGGCUAAUGCUUUUCCAGGCAUGCAGGGACAAUACUCCUGUGUUGUGCUCUGAUAUGAGGAGGCAAGAUUUUGGCCCUCUCCAAGGUUGAGACUUGUUCAUAUCCUUGUUUAUUCAAAACGAGCCGGAUUACCUCCGUGGAGUCGGCAGAUUUCACCAACGAAAGAACAUUUUGUUUGUUCACGACAAUGAUUUCACACAAGUGCUUCUGCAGUGCUCAGCAGCUUGUGUUUCUGUGCUUCUCGUGUCCUCAGGCUGGACUCACUCUGCUUUAUAAGAGGAGCCUGGCUAUUUCAGUACAUCCCAAACUCGUUAAAUUAUUCCUCCAUUCGAUUGUUGACAAAUCAGCUUUUUUUUUUUGUCCGACAUAUCGAACAUUAGCUUCCACAGUUGCAGAGCCAACCUCAGCAGGAAUAACUUAACAUGAUGAGAGAGAGAAAGAGGCUCUUCUGACCUAAAUCGGACUGCUAAUUGCCAUGCACCAUGCAACAUUUAAGGGGGAAAAAAGGUUUUGCAGCAGCUUAAUCUGAUCCAAUUAAUCUGUUUUGAUUUGACAGUUUCUUUUAAGCAACACUUGCAGGGAUUAGAUAACUGAUCAAUACAGCGAUAGGCAUUGCAAGACACUGUUUAUCUUUACUAUCAGAACCUAUCAGAUUCCUGCCUGGCUAUUUAUGUUUUGCUGCAUAACAGCUGUAAUGUACAGAACAAAUGAGAAUAUACACAAAAUCACUCAAAUAGUUUUAAAGCACUGGACCCAAGAGACCCUCAGUUUUGUGGAUAAGCACACUGGACUAUGUUUUGAAAGGUUUUAGUAUGGAAAUACUGGAGGCACAGGAGGCUAUUUACAUGUAAUAUUUGAUGAUCACAGAGUAGUGCUAGGCCACAGGGCAUCUGGCAGUAGCUUUUGAUGAACCCAUGAAAAGGAAAGGAUUAAUUUCUGUCCGUCUUAUGGCUUAAAUGGAUGCAAAAUAAAGUGAUUUUAUUAAGAUGUGUUUAACCAUUUUUAAAAUGCACAGAGUUGAUCUGCACCAGGGCUGCACAAUCUGUUCACAAAACUCUGCAAUCGCAAGCCUCGAUAUAGAUUCAAGGGCUGGAUGAUAAACUAAAGAAUAAAUAAAUAAAAGUUGAUUUUGGAUGUGUGUAGGUAGGCUAUGGUCUCAUGUCCCUUUAAGACGCUGUCCUCCAUCAAAGACGUGACUCCACCCCAUCCAGUCUGUAACAAAGAGGGAAAGACAGGUGAGGAGAUGGAGGACGGUUCCAAAGUUGUAGCGCCUGGAUCGGCAGCUGAAGUAGACAAAGUUAAUAAGGGAGUGGGUGAGCAGCUUGUGGAGGAGUUGUUGUCCAUUUAACGUUGUGAACUGCUCAACAUAUCGUGAUAUUGAUUAGUGGCCAUAUCACCUAGCCCUAGAUUGCUCCCUCGCUCGCUGCUGCAUCUGAGAUCAGUGCUCCUCUCUCAGUUCUUCGACUUAAGAUGUCUGUAUUUUAUUUAUCCAUUUACCUUAUUAUUUUGGUUCAUCCUGAUGUUUGGUGGUCGAUAGAUUAUUUUUGCACUGCUCACACUGUAUUUCUUUCAAUUCCUGCUGCAACAAAAGCCAAAUUAGAUGUCUUGCCAGACUGUAGUAAACUGUUGUUUGAACUGUUUACUUUGUGCUUUUCCACUCAUGUUGUCUUCUGUCUUUGUUCUUUUUCAUUAGAUAAGCAAAUUGUUGCUGUCGGAUCUAUCAUCUUCCAUCCACUGGGAUCCAGGCGCUUGAGUCCUAAAUGACAAGGUAUGAGAGGCAGUCCAUUUAUCUCACACAGCUGCCAAAUGCUAGAAGUUAUUUAUCCACCUUCCCGGUAACUCUACCCGCAGGUUAUACCGCCAUUACUUUGUGGUCUUGCCUGCGUUGUUUCCAGCAGUUGGGUAACACCUACCUCAGCAAUUAGAAAUAGCUCCAAUUUGUCAUUAUUGUGAUGUGGCUUCUGAGGACAGCCUCCCGUUCUGAACUGUUUUGCCAUCACAGAAGUGGUGUUUUUACGUCAAACAUUUGUCCAACUCUGACAAGAAACAACAAGAGUGCCCCGCCCUGUUCACCUGAAGGCCAAAACACGCGAUACACCUGCCAAACUAGCUCUGAGCGAAGUGAGCAUCCUGUUUCAUCUUUAAAAAAGGUCACAAUAUUCCCAUUAUAGUUGCUGUUAUUUUAGAAAGCAGUAAAAACACAUUCCUACUUUGAGGGCAGAUUCAUUACAAAGGUUUGAUAUGUGUACAGAAGUGAAAAACAUCAACAGAUGUUAAAAGAAAGACAGAUGAGGCUUUUACUGAGGGGAAAUGAGAAGCUGCACCUCUGAAAAUCAAAUUAGCUUUGAGAUUAAUUAAAGAAAAUCAGAGCAGUGCUAAUAAAACCCCAAAAACAUGACUUUGUAUAACUUAGAAAACAAAGAAGUCAAUUAGAGCAAAGUAAUCUCUCCAUGCAUUUGUGAUGGAAGUCUAAAAAUAGCCGUUUUAAUACCCCAUAAACAUAUCAUAAAUAGGGGUUGCCUGAAGGUCUGCAUUUUGAUUGUAAGGACACAUUUGGAAGCGAGUCAUCCUCCGGUGUAGCAACCCUGACAAUGCUGAAGCAAAAGCACGUUGCUUGUACGAGGCAAUUUGAAUCAGCUCCUAUGAUGAUGUAACAACAGGAGCAAUUUGCAUAAGCAUGCACGCAAAACCACUCCCACUCCUCAUGUGAAACUGCCUCUAUUUUCUCUAUUAUGACUUUGAUUUGGUGUAACAGAGUUGAGAUGUAGAAACAUUUGCUUGGUACCAGUGUUGGUUCUUCUGGAGCACUCGCCGUAUUUACUUUGGUGUAGGGCUGGGCGAUAUAGAAAAAAGUUUAUCAUCAAGAUCAUCAAUCUUAAAUGUUCCUUGUUACUCUUCCUCGACUUUGCCGGAACAUGAUUUGCAGUGCACACCACCCCUGCUUCAUGUCCGACCUCAAAAAACCAAAAUAUCUCCACACCACCAACAUUUUUGUGCCGGUCUUGUCAAUGAUGUGAUGUGAAUGAUGAUUUCUGCCGGGUGUAACACUUGUUUUCUUUUUUUCUCACUGCUAGUGCUGUCAGCUUCACCUGUUGUGUGCUAUGCCGCUGCCUGCUACUGUGCAGUUGUUUGCUACUUGGUUCUAAUUCAGCACAUGAUUGGUUCAGCACAGCGCAGACUCGAAGCAACUCCCCUUUUCACUAGCUAUUCGUACAGUCUACCAAAACAUGGCAGAAUGCAGACUAUUGAAAAGCACAUUGACCAUGUUUCAUGUCGAUAUCAAGAGAAAUUAAUUUUGAUAUAUAUCGUUAUCGUUUUAUCGCCAGGCCCUACUGUGGUGUUUUUCCGCCUCUGCGAUCAUAACCAGACUUUGAGAUAAUCAGCUUAAAAACACUAUCAUAUGGGUCUCUGGAGACUCAUGCAAAGAUUGGUGUGCAUAAAUCGAACUUUAUCCAGGUAACUUUUGAGCUGUGUUUAUUUGUUUUGUACUACAUUAUCCACAUUUAGUCAAAUAUGCUGUCUGCAUGAGCACAAUAUCACACUUUGUUUCAGAAACUAGAUGAUUUGAUUUCACCAAUUUGGCCUGUGUGCUCCCAACAUUGACUCCAUGACACAUUUGUAGACGUCUAGACGGUCUGGGUUAACCAUAAAGUCACUUUGUCUGGGAAACAAUAUGGACAUGCAUGUCUUGUGACCUGAACAGUGAGGACUCUAAGACCAGGUGAUAAAGGUAUGACAUGUCUCUCUCUAUUUGAGUGGGCCUUGCUGUAGGGGAACGGGAUCAUCUUUCAGAGCAACAUUUCAUCAUUGACUCGUUUGACAGCUUGGCUUCCACCCUGGCCUCUCUGUUUGCAUAACGCUCACACCGCUGCAGGUUUUGCAUCAAUCCACAUUUGAUACUUGGAUCAUCACCAAGGUCAACAUUCCUGAUACUUCUUGCAAUCGCUUUUGGCUGCAAUGGGGUCUUUAUUUUCCCUUUUUUAACCAUUACACACCAGUUGCAGGAAGAAAAUCUAAGUGGUGAUUAGAGAGCUCCAUUAGGGUCACACUGAGCAUACUUUGAACCACAUGAUCAAUACAUGAUGUGAGUUUGAGAGACUGUAAACAGUUCCAUUGAUUCUAAUUCUCAUUGCCAUGGUUACUUUGGAGGGACAUUUUCGAGUUCUGCCUCUAACCUGGAAAAGAGCUGGACUUAUUUUUAAAUAAAAGAUAACGUUGCAUUAAGAACUGCACAUUUUUCAUCCUUGGAAGUUGACAGUCAAAUUUUCCUUCAACUGCUUAGUGUUGCAAGGAUAUUUUCAAUGUUAGUUUUUCAUAUAUUAAGAUAAAUAUUAAAAUUUGCAGCUGCAGAGGCCUGAAAAAGUGAGGCAAAAUUCUGUAAUGCUCUUGUAUCUGGCACUCAUACUGCAGGUUUUCUGAGAGCUGUAGUUUUAAAGGGAACAAAUCAUUAUAAAAGCUGUAUGUGUUGGCAGAAUGGAGUCAGCUGACCUCAUGUAUGUGAGCUAAUAUCUACAAAAUCAUUGAAUUGAUUACCCCAUAGACUCAGUUUCAGCAGGCAGGGCUUUUAGCAUGAUUGGGUAUAUCUGAGUUUGCUGGAUGAUGAUGAGGAUGAUGAUGCACAGUUUCUGAAAAAGCUGCAAAAACUGCUCUCUGGUAUGACGUUAAACCCCCAAUAGGCCCCCCUGAUAAUCACUCGGUGGCUCAUUUGCCCAACCUGCAGUCAGAGAUUAACACUAUCACCUCAGCCCUACCAUCAUAAACAGCGAGUCUGGUAGUGUGCCCCUUUUCUCUAUCUGGAAAUUAGUCAAGCUAAAAUUGAUUAAAUCAUCCAUUUUCUCUCUUCCUGAAUACGGCACUGUUUAACUUCUAGAUAAGAUGUGUCAAACUCUGCCCUACUUGUACGUUUUUGCAUCCAAAAAGGCAAAAUACAAACAUUAUAUUUUAGUUUAUGUUGAAGAAAAAAACCUCUCUGAACUCUUCAUGGCACUCAUUUUUUAAAAGCUCAUUUUCCCACACUGAUCAGAGUGCUCUGCAGCUAUUAUAAGGCUGUAGUUCUUCCACUUUAUGAACCAAAACCCCUCAUUGAACUGUCUCUUUUGUUGCUGACUGCUCUCAGAUAACUUCUGCGGGUCUCCUGUGUGACUUGAAAAAGGCAUCAGGAGGAUUUUUGUCCAUUUCCUUGCUCUCCAGCAGGCAAACAGGGAGAAUGCGGCAGUUGUCUGCAUGGAUACAUGGCUCUGACCUAAAUGUGUCUGACCUGGUUAUUGAGACUUGGCAAACUGCAUCUCACUCCCUCUGUCUUCCUCUCUUACAUGGACAAACAGACGAGUGAUUGUUGCUGAUAUGCGCUCCUGUAACUGUGGAGCUUCAUCCUCUGAGCGCCUCAGUCCUCAAUGCUUUUAAGAGCUAUUUAUUUGACCCUAAAUCUGCUAAAGAUGGCGUCUUAUUCUCAUGAAGGAAAGAUGUUUACAUUAACUGCAUGGUGUAUACAUUUAUGUGGCUGCUGCCUCUUAUGCCUGAGUUGCUGUUUUACCAUCCAUACCCCUGCUUUUUCCAUUCCUGGCCAUCUGUGCGAGCAGCCUAGAUCAUGAGCUGUUCGCCCUCCAGGUCCUCUCCAGCUCUGUGAGUUGGAAACGAGACCGGCUUCUUCGGUCUGUUGCACUUGAACUCACUGUAAAUUCGUAUACACAAACUUAAUUCACUGUAAACACUAAUCCGCUGUGUCUCUUUAGUGCCACGGUUUAAAAAUAAACCCUUAUAAUAAACAGGCCUACUUUGUGUAUUCAGAGCGUGAAGAAUAGAUUACCCUCUCAACUCUGCUUCAUAUAGCACCAGUACCUCAACGUCUACACCAGUAAAUGGUAUUAAAAUUAAUCUAAUUACACAUUUUAAAAUAUUUAAAAACUUGGAAGUGCUCUUUACAAUACAAAUAUGAUCUGUAGGGAUGUGAAAGUUGAUUUUCUGUGCCAAUGCAUCAGUUUUAAUUUACACAAUCCACCUGUAAACAUCCAUGUUAUGCUCUUAAAUGACAGUCUACACAGCAGGUUUGCACGCUUAGUUAAAUCAAAGUUAAUGUGGGAGUGGGUGAGCAACUCGUAGAGUAGUUAUCGUCCAUUUAUCGUUAUCGAGGUGAACUGCUCAAUAUAUCGUGAUAUUGAUUUGAGGCCAUAUUGCCCAGCCCUAAGAAAACCUAUCCCUGCGUAAUUUAGGUGCUACUGUCCCAAUCCAAAUGAGUGACCAUCAAGAUCCAACAACAUCUGUGUAUUUUUGCACAAUGGUAGACGUGCAUAAUGUCACUGCAAGAGUCCCCUUUUCCUUGUCUCUUUCUGCAGUUGGGCGCAUUAUAAAUCGAAACAGCUGCCUGUUGUUUAUUUGUGCUGUAUCAUAGUUUACUCAUACAUGAAGCAAUUCAUCAUGACAGGAAGGCUCUCCAUUGUUUUUGCAGGCUGCAAUGAGGCAUUAUUUGCAGCAGCUGUAACAUAACAGCACUGAGUUAUUGUUACUGCUGGGUUUCUGACUGCAUUAAAGCAAUUGUUUCGCCGCUUAAACCCAAGGCUACAAUGAUUGAUGUAUAGGGUCUUCUAUAAGUGUCGUAUAUUUCAAACUUUUUGUGAACUAAAAGGGGAAAUCUCUGCUUUUUAAGAUAAUUAUGUGUGCAAGAACCUGAAAACUGCAGCACAAUAAAGCCUAUAAUGAUAAUCCUCACAGUGGCUGCAGCAGUGUUAAUAGGAGCUAAUGUCUCAGCUCGGGGCUUCUCUCUGCAGAAACACGUCUCAGUGGCUUAUAUUUAACUGGAUCUCAUAUUUAAUUAAGAACUUACUGGCAGAAGGGAUUUUGGAGCAGACUACUAUUUAUAACCAGCAGGGCUGACUCUGUCAUUGCCCCCGUUGGACCUUAAUGAGGGAGGAAAACGCUCUCCAGAUUUCCAGGGUUGUAUUUUUCAAAUGUGUGAUGCCAGUAUCUAUUUUUAGGAUUCGUGAAAGUACUUAUUUUAAUGACACAAUUUGUUCAUUUUUAAUGCUUUCAGUGGGAAAGAGAGUUCAGGAAUCACCAGCCAAAUCAUUUAUAAAGAAAAUCAGCCGGUUAAGAUGACGCAAGAUUUAUGCAAAACCAUUGAUUCAAACCAUGCGAGCAGGUCAGCAGAAGUCUUACUCAUCUUUUUGCUUUUUUUUGCUUAUAUUUGGGUAAAAAAAGAUGGCUAAAUCUGAGUGUGUAGCACUCCUCUGGUCCCUGAAGACCUCUAAAAAAAUCUAGACCACUGUGGAAAUAGGACAGUUCGUGAUAAAAGAAAGGAGGCAGCAUGUAGAGAGUGGAAAAGAGGUAAAGUGAUGAGCAGAGUGCUUUCCACAGAGGAUAGUCAGCUUGUUCAGUGGAUGAGGCAGCUCAGCACGCUCGCGCUCAGGGCCUUGAUUCUUCUCACACUUGUCAAUAAACCUGGCUUUUCUUAAUUCCUGUGUUCCCCUGAUUCGCACCGACUACCAAGCAGGUGGAGUUAUUCAAUUAGCCUUACUUGGCAUGAAUUCUACCUCUCUGAAGUCACCUAGAGAUCUCCACACCUGAAAUAGAGUCCAUAAAUAGCUGCUUUAGUUGAAAAUGACAACUCCUCUUUUUGACAUUUUUUACGUAAACAAAGAAAAGUAGACAGUUGACGUCAGUUGACCUCGUCUCACAGGAUACCCUGCUGCACAUCUCAGCAGAUUUGUCUCCAGGAAGUGGGUUUUCAGAGACUCGACCAGGUAGUCCUUAGAAGGCUGUGGUUGUUGAUCUGUUCAUGACUCUUUGUCUGUGUUGAAGUUGACGUGCAGAACAACAGAUGUUUUUCCGGAGGAAGAGGACCUAUACAUUGAAAACAAUGACAUAGUAUAAACAGUGUUUGAUUGAUCAGUGCUAAGAUGCUAAUUUGACAACAGAUGAACUCUUGAAAUGUCUGGAAAUAUAUAAUACAGGGUUGUGAGGUAUGACACUUUAAUAUUGUCGUACUUUUACUUUAUCAGCUUUGGAGCUGCGUUUUCAAUUUCAGUUUAGUUCUGAUUAGUUUUUUAGACUAGCUUUUUACUUUUAGUUAUAGUUUCAUUUUUGUAGUGUGAGAUACUUGUAAGUAAACUGAACAGAUCUAAACCAUUACACAGGUCAUAAAGGACUAAAUUCAGAUGCCUUUUCAUUGGUCAGAAACUUAAAAAAUGUUGUCUUAUUCCUUUAAUUUCAUCACUAAUUGACUUCCAUGAGCCAAAACCACUCAAUGAACCUCAUCCUUGGUCUAGAUUUAUAAUAUAAGCUCAUGUUUUUUACAUCAUGAACACAGAAUAAAUGUCUCUCUCAAUGAGCACAUUUGUCAUUCUGCCCAUGUCAAUAUAUUCAGUGCCCAAAAAUAAAUAAAUGAAUGUUAGUUUUGGAUGUGUGUAGGUAGGCUAUGGUCUCAUGUCCCUACAUUGACGUUUUCGUACGUUGUCGGGGUAAACUACUCAACAUAUCGUGAUAUUAAUUUGAGGCCAUAUCGCCCAGCCCUAUUGAAGAUCUGUAUGAUGUGACAGUCUAGAAUGAAUGAGUGAACUUAAACAUCCAAACAAAACUACUCAGAUAUGGAACAAAGAUAAGAAAAUAAGUUAUAUCUUGUUAUUGAUGAUUGUACAUUGUGAAGCGACUUGUUUGGAGAAGCCAGAUGUAUGAAUUAAUGUAUAGGGUCAACAGAGCCGUGCCAGGUUUGCUCUACAUAUUCACUCCAUGGUGACAUUUUCGUACUAAGAGGAUUUUAGGGCAGACUGUUAACAGCUUGCAUGAAAGGUCAGGAGAUAAACAUGCUUAUUAAUCACCUCUUUGCAUGGUACAGAGGACCUAACCUUUGGAAGUGGACGGUUUAAUUCCCAGUCUUUGUAGCUCUCUGGAGGAUUCGUGACAUCUCUGUGACCUCCAGAGCUAUGAAAGGCCUGAACAAAUGAAAUGAAAAUAAGACAGCGUUCAUUUGCCCUGGGCCCAUCCGUGUCUAAAGAAACAACGUGGGAAUUAUUCAUUAGAGUAAUUAUGAUGGUCAUCUCCAGGGAAUGGAAGUGAAGGCGCUCCGGAUUCUGAAUAUUUGAGAUCCUCUGCAGUGUGACGAGUGUGCAGAGUAAAAGAGACUGUAACACACCCCAUUACAGCAACUUGAUUUCGGCUGGAUGUAAUAGAUCAAUUAAAGGUUUGUAAGGAGUCGUACGAGCUCCAUUUCGUCUAAUGGGUGUAAUAGUGGUCUGAUUUUUCAUAACCUUCAAAAGAGCAGCCUUUUUUAUGAUUCUGAAUCAGUCUGCAUCCUGGGGCUUCGUCAUUUAAUACUUCUUAGGCUGUUUGUGCAUCUCAGAACUUUGUCAGUGUAAUUGGAUUUAAUUUGGAUUUCUUUUUAGCAUCAGAAAAGAAUAUUGUUUUUAACAAUUUAACAAAACUACAUCCAGAUAGUAGAGCAUUAUUGCAGUAUGGCAGCAACUACCAAUCAUGAGUACACCCUCGCCUAGUGGCAGGUUGCUGCACCUACAAUUAGGGAUGUAACGGUAACCGGUGUAAUGGUAAAUCGGGGAGAGGGAGAUAAUGAAUCAGCUGUGAGAUCUCAACGAUAACUCCUUUAUUAAUCAGCUGUGUGACCAAGGACAAUAACUCGCUAAUUAAUCAGCUGUGUGAUAGCCGACGAUAACUUGCUAAUACUAAUACUCUGCGCACACUCUGAGUAUUAGUAUUAGCGCGCUCAGUAUACUACACGUAUGUAUACUGAUACAUAUUGAGUCGGAGGUAGAGCCACGUAAGAAAAACUCAUUUUCAAGGUGUGGAGGCUUUUAUAGCCAUGGUGGUGGGUCACAAUCAAUUGCAUGUAGGGGAACCCCUGCGUGUUUAAUCAUCCAAGUCUUCUGAAGUCGCCAGCUAGCCGCGCAGGGGUUUAAACUUUCUAUUAAGUUUGAAAUGGAAUCAGGGCGAAACGAGGAGACAAUGAAAACGAGGCAUUGUUUAGCACUAGUUAAAAGCAUAAAAAGUGCCACAAUCAGCACCUUUGAAUAUAUUUUUCAAAAUACCACAUUAAUACUGAAAACCAUGGUUAUUUUGGUCACAAUAUCCGUGAGGUAGAAUUUUCAUACUGUUACAUUCCUUCCUACAAUUAUAGAAGAAAAUUUCAAACUUGUGUAACUGAACAGCCAACCAUCAAAGAUUACGGCAUGUAGACGUUUGGUCGACUCGAUUCCACGUCUGUUUAAUUUGGAGGAAAAACCUGCAGAUAAAGGAUGAACCCUAUAAAUGAGCUUAGGACAGCUCAGCUCGCAGCCUCCCCUGACAGCCCAUCUCCACCACAGAGUCAGAUAAACGCUCACUCUCAACACAGGAGUGCUUUGGGUGUUUAUUCUAGAUUCUAAUCUGUUUUCUGAGAGUAGGAGAUCUCUGCGAAUAUUCUGAGUGUGUCAUGUUCACUCAAGUUUCAUUUUGAGACUCUAUUUUGUCGAGUUUAUGUCCUACCAUCUGUUUUCUGUCAUGUUCACACUGAGGAGAUCUUCAACGUUUCUGCGGUCUCAACUUUAUUUCUUACUUCUGGUGUUGUCGUUGUCAACAAAUGUGGGAAACGAGCACAAAGCAGCACUCACUCAAACACAAACGUUAGCAACAGAUUUCUUGUGGACUGAGCUGGAGGCUUGUUAGCUGUGCGUCACUGAGCACAGCCUGCUUCAUGGAGAAUACUGGGUAUUGUAGUAAGUUGUGAAACAGACAGAGGCUUGACAGUGAGCAGAUGUAUUUGUCUCCCUGAAUACUUAAAAUACUUGCACUUUUGGAGUCCUUCCAAGUCUUUCAGCAGCAGUGUUCCCUCAGUACUUUAAGAUCCGCUUGUUGUUUUAAUGAGUCCUCUGAUACUUUAUAAGACAACUGCACAUUGUCUGAAAGAUAAAGGAGGGCAAGAGCAGGUUUAGUUUAUGCACAUUUAUACGAGGCGCUGUGGCCUUUUGCUGCGGCUUUAAUACAGUCCUCUAACAAAGAAAUGAAAUGCAAAUCUGCAGAGAAGCAUAUUCAGAGCUGCAGGAAUGUGUGUAGGUAACAUGUAAAUGUCUGAAUAGUUGCGAGUCUUGUUGUUCAGUCUUUCAGAACCAGUCUGCUCCGAGUAGAAAAUUGGGGAAGAUGCUGUAAAAGCCACUUUUGUCUUUGUCGCAGAUCGGAUUACUUACCCUCAUUUCAGCGUGAAUUCAAAGCAAACAAUCAUGGUUUUGUUUUCUCGAGACACGCAAGACCACUGAGACCUAAGAGCGCUGGUGAGAACCAAAACCAGAGGGAGAACAAAACUGGAACUUCAGGUUCCUCUAAGCUGCUUACCCCCUGCCAACACAGAUACUGGAGACAGGGUUGUCUUUCUACUGAUUUCAGCUGUAAUUCCAGCCAUCUUUCCUCUUACUUUUGUUCCUUGCUUCCUAUGUUUUGUUAUCAAGCUCAGCUGUGGGUUGUUGUACAAUCAGAUGUUUUUGGUCAGGGGGGGAGGUAGGCAGCUUGGAGACAUUGCUCUGUUUGUUGAACUGCUGUCCUCUUAACUCAAUAUCUCUCUGCAUUAUUGAGAAGCAGCAGAUCUCCUGUUGUGCCAGCUGGAGUUGAAUACAAGGCUGUUAAUGAGGUGCCCAGAGGAAACGCAUCACUGGGGACUUUCUUGUACGCUGUUCAUCAAUGUAGAAAUGUUCCCACUCUUACACCUGAUUAUACAAACAGGUUUUUGAGCCAGCCAUUAAUAAAACAUGUGAUUGAAGUUUGGAGAUUUUUUAACUGAAAGUCAAAGUUUUGCUUAAGAGCUGCAAGACUUGUCCUCUCUAGAUAGAUAGAAACAGGGACAUGAUUUGUAUCCCUCCUGUGUGGACAUAAGCUUAUUCGUUGCAUCCGCAUGUGUUGCAAGCACCAGAAUUUAAAAACAUCCCUGAGCUGUUCAAGAUAAAGAUGAGGAGUUUAUUCUGAAAACCUGAAGCUGCAAUCGUGGUGAUGUAUACUGAGUGAAAUGUGCAGAAAUAAGAUAAGCCCUCCAUACAAACCAUUAGUUUGCUGGGUUUUGCAUGUUUUUUAGUAGGGGCGUGCAAUCUGACGAUUUUAGAUCAUAAAGGAUUUAACAAGUGACCAUGAUCUGCCAAAGCACAGAGAUCGUAUUAUGGUCUGUAGAGUGCAUUGUAACCCUAAUAUAUAUCUAAAUAAAAUUCUUACCCUCUCAAAUGAAAAUUUUAGGUUCAAAUUUAUUUUAGAAUGAGAUCAUCCAGUUAAAAUAAAUGUUAUGCUGUUUGUUGUUAAAACUUGGAUAUUUUAUUUCAUUUAUUAUUUCUAUUUUUAUUCAUUUAAUAUUUCAAAAAAAAAAAAGUGAUAUGAAAUUUUUUCCUUAUCGCCCACCCCUACUUUUGAGUUUGAGUUUUAAAUAUAUAGUAUGUAAUUUUAAUGUAAGAAAGGUUCGAGUUCCUGAGUUGAGAGAAAAUGUCAGCUUCAGUGUCAACGGCACAUGUUUGUCUGGCUUCAUUCAAAGUCUAUGUUGUCCCCUUAACUUCCUCUGCUGCUCUACGUCCCACAGAGAUGCACAGAAAAAAAGCAAUAUGGCUGCCAGCAUUGAUGAGGACUUUGUUCCCAAAAUGAGGCUCAGUGCCACAGCCCGGUCAGUCAUUUGGAACUGGUUUGGGUUUUGCAAAGUCAGACCUUCAACAAACCAAAGUCUAUUGUGACAUUUGUUUAAAGGCGGUUGCUGGUAAAGGCUGCAGCAAAUCCACUUUAUUUCAUCAUCUUAAACAGAGGCAUGCAACCGAGUGGGAAAUGCGUCUGAAUGUGAGAUGUACAAGACCACUGCAGCCCACAAACGCUCGCCAAAAAGCAGCCGGCAUUAGCAUGAUUAUUUUCCUGUUGCAUCACGUUCGAUGGAGGAGCUUUUUCUGAUGCAGCAUAUACGGUACAGUGGAAAGGACUGGCUUUACUGUCAUGCUAUGGAGCCCAGGUAUGUGAAUCGACAGGGUGCACAGUGUCAAUAUCAAAAUAUACUUUGCAUGAGAAAAACAAGCAAGAAGAAAGCUUGCAACAAGAAAUACCACAUUCAUCCAAUACCCAAGAAUCAACCUUACGUAGAGAGAGAGGCUUGACCACUAACUCUGCAAACGUCAACCAGAUGCACCGACAAGAUAAACAGAGAAAUGAGAAAAUAUCCAUCUUUAAGGGUCAUUGAUUAACAGUUGUUUCAGGUCUUCGGAUGAUUACUUUGCAAAUCCCAAACAGCCACUGCAGCUUUACUUUCAUGUCUGUGAAAAAUCAGCGGUGCUCCCUGGGAAAGGCCGUGAUCCCAUGUGAGAGGAGCUACAGUAUAGAGGGCUCAGAGAACAACCCUAUAGCCUGCUGGCUCUCCGCCCUGCAUUGAGGAAGUGGGUUUUUUUUCUUUCCGCUUCCUUCACAGACAGAAGCAGUUCAAGUGUAUCCCACAGGCGCUGCAGACUCUCAACUUUUCUAUUUUUUACCUUCCUGUAUUGUUUUUGUAGCCUUCACCCCUAAUGUCAAUUUUCAGCCAUGGCCCAGAUACCCUGUACCAGUCUAGUGCAAUCUGGAUCAAGGGCUCCUUUCAUAAGGCCCGAGUUAGCCCGUGCUAAUCACAUUCUACCGUAUCAACCAGACGAGUACUAUUUUCUAUAAAUAACGCAAGCUGCUUUGCUGCUGUCAGAUGCUGCACUUUCAUUUCCACUUAACCCCUUACAAAGAGAUAACUAUGCACGCUCAGACAACAGAAGUUUGCAUAGUGGAAGCCAUAUCUUUGAAUACUUCUCAGUCAAAAUAACUACUGAGUAUUUCUAAAAACGAGUUUGGUCUCAUGUGUUUUCUCAGCUGGCAAGAGUGACUGCAAUAUCAGGGCAAAUGUCUCUGCUGAUUUUAUCACAUACAGGCUUGGAUUAUUAUAAAAAAAAGGUCUGAUACUUUUUUAAUAUUCUGGAGAAAAAAGUCAGAAUUCUGAGAUAAGUCAGAAUUCUAAGAUUAAAAAAAGUCAGUGUUCUGAGAUUAAAGACAGAAUUCUGACUUUUUUUCCUCAGAAUAAUAAAAAAAUUCUGAGAUAAAAUUCUGAGAAUUCUGAGUUUAAAGUCAGAGUUCUGAGAUUGAAGUCAGAAUUCUGUCUUUAAUCUCUUAAUUCAGAUUUUUUUUCUCUUAGAAUUCUAACUUUAUUCUCCAAAUUCUGACUUUAAUCUCUGAAUUCUAACAUAUGACUCAGAAUUCUGACUUUAAUCUCAGAAUUCUGACUUCAAACUCAGCAUUCCCAGAAUUUAAUCUCAGAAUACUGACUUUUUUUUUCUUAGAACUCUGACUUUAAACUCAGAAUUCUCAGAAUUAAAUCUCAGAGUUCUGACUUUUUUUUCUUAGAAAUCUAACUUAAAAUUUAGAAUUCCGACAUUAAUAUCGGAAUUCUUAGUUUUUUUCUAAAAACACUGACUUUAAAGUCAGAAUUCUGAUUUAUAUAUAUAUAUAUACAUACAUACAUAGGACCUUUUAAUUUUUCCCCUAGUGGCCCUAAUCCUCUUAUAUAAUGAUGACACUCAAGAUAAUUAAUUUUUUUAAGGAAGGAUCAUUUUAACCAGAAACACUGAUGGCCACCCCUCUGCUUUCAAGCCACCAGACUCCAUUGACAAAAACAGUAAUUUAAGCUCUAUAAUGAAAGUUAUUAGCAUGUGUUAUUGUCCUGCGUUUAUCAGAGUUUAAAACAACAAUCACACAACAGUACAGUAUUUCUCAAAAGGAUUGAGGGGAAGUGAAGCAGUCAGCUGCAGCAAUAUUCAAACUUUAGACCACAAACUAAAGGUUUUAUAGGACAGGAAUUUCCCCCUUAGGCUCCUUUUUGACCAUUUGUCUAUUAUUUUAAAGUUUCACAAGGCUCCACUGUUUAGUUAUGGGGUUGUAACAACCCAAUUAGGUUGGUUAAAUUGUAGGAAUUUGGGUCUUUUUGAAGCUUAGAGACAUUACAAUCUGCUAAUUUGUUCCCAACACUUUCUAAACCAGAAGUAGGCCACUGGGUGUUAGUUGGCCACUAUGAAAGAACUCGGAGACCUUUUGGAAACACACCCAGACAUCUCAAUCUCUGUCCGCUUCUCUCAGAAUUUUCACUCCAUUAUAAUUUGCUGGUUUUGACCCUUUUCUCACCUUUUGCAGAGCUUUCUGCGCAGCUCCUCUGUAAUUUAUCCAUCAAAACUAGAUUUCAUUAGUGGUCCAGCAUGCUCAGCGGUUUGUUUUGUGUAUGAAUACAGAGGUCAGAGAGCCGGUAUUACCAUUGACUGCCGUCUCUAUGGCAACAGCGCUGACCCAGGUGGCACUUAGGUUACAGGGAAAGGGGUCGUAACAGGGAAGUGGUUUCCUGGCUCUCACUGGGAGAGUGAAGUGGGAAUCUGUGACUGGUUCUGCCCUCUGGACUUUCUAAUUCUCUUUUGCACAGAGGAAGCCGCGGGGAUCAUUGCCAGGCUGCAGAGUCACAUGUCCGCCAUUCACACACAGGCCCACGCAUUUUGAGAUUUCUGAAUAAGUCCAGCCGGCGUUUUCCAAGCUUUUCAACAAUUUCGCUGCUGUCACUCCACGCUCUCCUUGAAUAAGUAGGCUAAGAUAGAAGCCUCCGCCAAGAGCUUAACAUGUCUGGAAAUCUCCACCGAAGAGCUCUGAACUUUGGUAGUUUAGAAGUGAGGGGCUCUUGAUGGACGGAUGAUUAUUCCAAUAACAUGUAGGUCAGUGGAUAAGCUUAUCUGUGUUGAAGGCAGUCCGGUUCUCAUUAGUGUGCUGCCCUCCAGAUUACUCUCAUGGGCUUCAGACAGCCAGCCCAGCACCGCCGUCGUUAUCCUGCCGCUUUCACUUUUUUCUCCCUUGAAGGAGAACUUUCUGUUCUUGGAGGAAAACAAAGUAGAAACUACGCUGUCAUUGCACAAAAAAACAAGGGGUCGAAAAAUUGUAUCCACUCCUCUCAUAAAACAGGGAAGGACUUUUACAGCCUAAGCAGUUAAGUGCACAAAAAGCUUCAUCUGUGUGCAGCAUAGCGGUGCAUAAACUCCUGCAUUAACAGAGUUUUAUGCAUUAUGCAAAUCGGAAAGGAAUUAUGCAUGCUUUAAACAUGUACAUUUGCUGGUUUGUUUGCUGAGAAUCACAAGCUGCAAACCCGGUGGGAUUGGGUAAACUGAAUCUUACCUCCUGUAAAGAUUGUUUAUUUUGAAGGAGCGUGGUAGCACCUACACGGGCUAUAGGAGGACAUCAUGCAGGGCCUGCAGUUGUUUUUGUUUUUUAGCACGAAGGCAGAAGUUUAUCGUACCAAAAUGUCCCUCUUUGUCUGGCUAUAAAUAGUUUUGUGUUUAUAGUUUAUGGAGAGCAAAGGUGUUAGAAAGUGUACCAUACACUAAGAGAGUCCACACUCGCAAAUCUGAAAUCCUGCAAAAUCUCUGCAGCCAAUGUGACUCAGCAAUGGUGGAUGAUUGUGAGAAGAGAUGUUGUUUUUCAGGUUAGAUGCUCUUAGUUUCUUACUUACCUGUAUGCAUCACACCUGUCCAAAUCAUCUCCUUUUCAGCUCAAUUUUGGUACAUGUCAUAGGACACACUAGGGCUGGGCAAUUAACCGAAAAUUUACAGAUACCGAAAUUUACGACAAUAACCGACAUCAUUUUGCUCAUAUUGGUAUAUUUGGUGUCAAAUAAACAAAUAGAUACAUAAAAGUUGGUUUUGGAUGUGUGUAGGUAGGCUAUGGUCUCAUGUCCCUUUAAGACGCUGUCCUACGUCAGAGACGUGACUCCACCCCAUCCAGUCUGUAACAAAGAGGGAAAGACAGGUGAGGAGAUGGAGGACGGUUCAAAAGUUGUAGCAGCUGGAGCGGCGGCUGAAGUAGACAAAGUUAAUCUGGGAGGGGAUGAGCAGCUUGUGGAGUAGUUAUCAUCCAUUUAUCGUUAUCAAGGUGAACUGCUCAAUAUAUCGUGAUAUUGAUUUGUGGCCAUAUCGCCCAGCCCUAUUAACAGCAGGUUUGCACAGUUGAAUCACGCCACUUUUUCAGUCCAACAGAAGGGAAAACCGAUCCCUGCAUUAUCUGGGUGCUACUUUCCCAAGCCGAAUGAGUGACCAUCAAGACCCGACAUCUGUGUAUUUUUACACAAUGGUAAUGUUACCACAAAAGUCCCCUUUUCCCCAUUUCUUUCUGCAGCUGGGACGAAGAAGAUGAAGUUAAUGUGGGAGGGGGUGAGCAGCUUGUGGAGUAGUUAUCGUCCAUUUAUCGUUAUCGAGGUGAACUGCUCAAGAUAUCAUGAUAUUGAUUUGAGGCCAUAUCGCCCAGCCCUAUGUUAGAUGCUCUUAGUUUCUUACUCAACUUGUCAACUCAAUCACACCUGUCCAAAUCCUCUUCUUCUUGGUUCAGUUUUGGGACAUGUCAUAGGACACACUGCAUGUAUUCCAGCCACAGAUUCAUAGGUCAGACUCUUUUUUUCUAACGUGAAUCUAUGCUCCUUGUAGACAUGCUCAAAGUUCCUGAAAAUUGCCCGAAAUUACCCAGGCAAGCAGAAACAGACGAAUACUUUCACCAGUAUUUUCACACAAUGCCCCCUGUCAUUAAUUUUGGGUUAUAAACAGGGAAAAGUUUACUGACACGUCAUCCUCUGCUUCAUUGUGGCGUUGUUUUGAUUGUGAUAGAGCCAAGAAACAAUCCUAGAAAAUCACCAGACUCGUCCUUCCAUUACUCACAAAUGACCAGAAACCACAAUGAGUCACAUUUCCUAUCAUCUCAGCCAGUUUUCAGUACAUAAUAUAUGCUGAAGUGAUAACCUUAGAUUGUAAACAUGACAGAUUUUACACCUUCAGUGAAUGUGCCCAUGCAUUCGGCUCAAAACAACCCUAUACCCAAGUACAGCCUGUCUGGACACUCUCAUCUUCUGUCCAUUAAACAUUAUCACUCCUUAAACUGGGAGAUUAAAUUCUUCCACCAGCUUUAAUGUCUUCACCACGUCCACUUUACUCUCCUCGUUUUACUCUUCUUGCUGCGCCCUUGUUAAUCUUUCAAACUCUUUACGUCUCCUCCUCCUCCCACAGUAAAGGUUUUUCUCUGGAUGUUGUAUCCGCUCUCGCCGUGCCUGAUUGCUUUUUCUUGCAUAACUCACAAUAACCCACCACCACCCACUUUUUCUCUGUUUGUUAACCCACAUCCCACUGCCUCUCCUCCCACUCCGGAUAGCAUGCGUCAUUCAUACGCGCUCAGCUCUCGUUACUCUGGGUGAACGGAGCCAAGCCCUCUGUCAUCCCCUCUGGUGAUAGACCAGAUUACUCAGAGUAUUUAUACAUGAGCUGCCUGCUGCUGCUGCUCCAGCAGGGAGAGAGAGUGGGCGGCUGACAGGCCGUGGGUUGUGCUUACCUCAUGUGUGAGUGUGGGUGUGUGCAUACAUGAAGCUCGUUUUAAUGAGUUGGAGAUAGAGAGGUUGCUGACCUUUCAACUUUGCACUGGUUUUUUCGGUUCUCUCUGGAAAACUGGCUUUAUUCAUGAAAAAUUGAAGCGCUGAGAGUGUUUCUUUUUGAUUUUAGCACGACCUCUUUUUUUAGUAUCAUAACUAAUCAAAACUAAAACCAAUUGCACAACUUGGUGGAGGCGAGAUUCAUUGAGCUCAGUUAUUUUUUUAAGCUUUCAUGAUUUUAUCAAAACCUGAUGAAGGCAGGAUAGCCAACAGCGAUUGCAGAUUAAAUCUCAGCAUGUUGGAAAGAUAUGUGUGGUGUAUUUUCUUUUUUUAUGUUGAUAGACUUGCUGAAACUGUCUGCAGCAGCUCCUUGUGUACCGCACUCUUCCUGGCUGUAAGAAAUCGUAGAAUCAUGACUAAUGCCAUGGGAGGCUAUUAAGUCAUAUUUUUAAGCUGCUGCAAAAAUAUUCCCACCUACUUUGCACUCUCCAGAAAAAGCAUCUUUGUUGAAAUAUGAGCAAACAUUCCCAAAGUCAUAAUCCAAAAAGUUAGAUAUUGUGUUAAAUCUUGGUGAGGACAGAUAUCGAUGGUUUGAUGCCUGCAACAUCAACUAAUUAAGUCAUUUGCAGCAGGUUAGGAACAGGAUUUGGGAAUGCGAAGGGUUUUGAGAGGUUCAGUGUCUCAGACGUACAGAUAAGAGGAGGUUCUCCACUGUGAGAGACUGUGUGAGCAACUAAGUCAACAUUUCAGAAUAAUUCCCCCUGUGUAAAAUUGCUAACAAUUUGAGGGUUUUAUCAUCUAAAGUCGAUACUAUCAUCAAAACAUUUGGAGAAUCUGGACAAACUUCUGAAUACAAAGUAGGGAAACUGUCCUGUGGUCCAACAAAUCAAAAAUUUUCCUUCUUUUUGGAAAUCAAGGAUGCUGUUUCCCCUCUGUGCAGUUUCAGGCUACCAGUAGGAUACUCUAUUCUGUUCUGUUCUGUUCUGUUCUAUUCUUUUCUAAACUUUUCUAUUCUGUUCGAUUCUUUUCUAUUCUACUCUAUGCUAUGCUAUGCUAUUCUAUUCUGCUCUGUUCUACUAUAUUCUGCUCUGUUCUAUUUUAUUCUAUCCUGUUAUUUUCUAUUCUAUUCUAUUUGGUUCUAUUCUAUUCUGUUCUGUUCUGUUCUUUUCUGUUCUAAUCUAAUCUAAUUCUGUUCUAUUCUAUUCUACUCUUUUCUGUACUUUUCUAUGCUUUUACAUUCUAUUCUAUUCUGUUCUGUUCUAUUCUAUCCUAUUCCAUUCUUCUCUGUACUUUUCUAUCCUAUUCCAUUCUAUUCUGUUCUAUUCUAUUCUGUUGUAUUACAUUAAAUUAUAUCAGCGCUUCAUAUUAUUCUUUUAUUUCAUACAACAUGUCACAGUUUCACAGUUCUUACAUCACUCCUGUGUGUUUUUAUUGAUCAUCAUAUCAUGUCACUUUAUCCACAAAUACUUUCAAUCAGUUUCAUUUAUAUAUUCCACUUAUUUUAACUCUAUUUUUUAUUCCAUCUUUUCCUCUCUUACUCUAUUUCUAAUAUUUCUCACUGACUCAGUCUGUGCUGCUCUGGCUCCUAAAUUCCCCCUGUGAUGCUCAAUAAAGUACCAUCCUAUCUCAUCAUAAACCUGGGAAGGAGCCAUUAAUGCUGAACAGUAUAAACAGUUUUUGGAGCAACAUGCGCUGCAAACUUGACAAUGACUUUUUCAGAGAAGACCUUCGUAUUUAAGCAACAACACGUCCAACCACAUUCUGCACAUCACAGCAUCACAACAGCUCCAUAGUAGAAGAGUCUUAAACUGGCCUGCCUGCAGUCAUGUAAAAAAGAAAAAAGUACAACAAAAAAGUAGACCCUGAACUAAUGAGCAGCUGAAGUCCCACGUUUGGGAUCCAUGACCCUGUUCCAACUCUUUAAAAAUGUAAAAAUAUUAAGUUUAAUGUUCGUUUUUUUUUUACACUACUAGCUUUUGAAUUUGAGGUUUGAAUGUUUUAUUUUGACACACUGUCCCACUUUUCUCGGUUUUAGGGUUGUACUUGUAAAAAAAAAAAAAAGAGCAGUGGGUUGUGAACAAUAAACCAUUUUUCGCAGUAAAUCCCUCCUCGUAGCAGAACUUGCAGAAACAUGCGCUCACACCCACACAUAGUCUGCAGCGAGAGUGCAGGUCAAGGCUAUCACAAUUGUGCUGCUCAGUUAUUCAGUCAGGAUACACAGCGAGCGCAGGACUCCGAGAUUAUGAACUGUGGCGGCGUUCAGAUUAGGACGAGGGGGAGGAAAAGUCACAUUCUCUGCAUGCUCGGAGGAACAAAGCCUCUUUUGACCGGCACACAUACCAUGUUAUAUACAGUAUGUGGUGAAAAUGGCUGCCUAUACUUAAAACUCCCUCUAAAGUUUACAUAUGCAGCACUGUAGACAGUUCAGAGACAGGUUUACAGCUCCUGUGAAUCUUUCAAGCUGCAAAGAUUGUCCGUCUUCUUCUAUGUCUCCUCAUUUAGCAGGAGGAGAGUUUUAAUAGUAAAAGGAAAAGGAUUUCCAAAAUGAUUCAUGGCCUACUUCUUUGUGCAUUUUGAUUCCCAGUUUUAACCCAGCUGAGGAUUCAGCAAACCCACGAUAUUAAGCAGCUGCUCGUUCUUUUCCCCACCUAUGGAAAUCUCAGAAGUGGAAAACAGCUUCUUUUCUUUCCCACAAGGAAAAACAGUAAAGGGAAACUUGAAAAUUAACAUUUCAUGCCGAGCUUCUCUGGGAUGCUCUUUUUUAGUGAAACUUCAAAAAGGAAAUACAUUUCUCAUGCUGUUUUUUUUUCAGAGUGCUUGUUCACUGCAUUGUCAGUGAUCAGCUGUAAUCUACCUGCAGAUAUGAGAAUAUACAGACGGCACAAUACUAGAGUGGAAAUAAUGAUGCAAACCCAUGGCUGUUUCACAAGGUCCUUCUGCAGAAGUGGAGAGCUGUGUCUCAUCCACUGACGCUGAAAGCUUUUCCUCUAUUCAUGGCUCACGCCGAGGUCGUCUUCACACCACAUUCUGAAUUAGAUAUUUAUUUUUAAAGGGCAGUUUCCCUAAAAUAAAAAAACACUGAAUCAAACAGUCAUUCUAUAUCAGAGGGAAACUCCUUUAUAUGUCAGCAUAUAUCCUGUUGUCUAUUUUGAUCGUUUACCACCACCCCCAGUCUGGCAAAUAUAGACUCGAACAAAGAGGCUCGACAAAGACUGCCAGCCGCCUACAGCUUUCCAGGAAUCUUCAAUUUGUAUGAAGUUGACCGCUUGAACAACAACAAAAGCAAACACACAAAAUUGUCCUAAAAAGCCUCCGUAUCUUAAAAAUAAACACUGGAUUGUGUUGUAGCCGCCACUUCUAUGACUAAUCCAGCAUGUACACCAGAGUCUGAGUCUUUGUUGCACAAAUCUCCAAUAACAUCUGCAUUAGAGUUUGUUUGUAGGGAUUAUUUUUUAUCACCAAGACUGAGUUUACUUGAGUAUACUGUACAGUAAGAGGGCAGUCACUGUCAUUUUUAAGAGCCACCAAGCUAAAUCUCUUAUUUCAAUAAAUCUAGUUUCUCUUCUGUCCACCUGUAAGGUCCAAAUCUCCCCUCAAUCUUAGCAGGAAUGUCAGUCUUUUGAUCUCAUGAAUCUUUAAUGAUUUUGAGACCGUUUUCUGCCGUGGGUGGAUCAGCCUGCAUUUUCAAGAGAAGCUAGCGUCUCCUGUUAUUUCUUGUGGCAGGUGACCUAAAUAAAGUGACGCAAAGGUCAGUCUACGAACCUGCAGCAUGAUUCUCUAAAUAUUUAACCAAAACAGCUGGUAUUGGCUGAUUGUUGCAGGUUUUUUAGUGGCUGAUGCCAGUGCAGAUAUUGACAGAGCAGCUCAGCGAAUGGCUGAUAGAUGCCACUGAUAUCAUGUUUUUGUUGUGGUUGUUUUUUUGACACAUCAAUCGCAUAUACAUGGUUAUUUUGACGAGAAACAUGUUUCAGAUGGAUUUUAAAUCAACUCACGACACUAUGGAAAAAAACACUGGGCUACGCUGUAGUUGCCAGGACAUGUACAUACCAGAGGCAAUAUUAAGCUGCAUUAUUCUAUAAUUCAUGAGAGAAUACAUAUCAAACACAUGUCAGAAACUGUUAGGUCUGAUCUGCUGUCAUGCAGAUGUUGUACAUAUUGAUGAGGCUGCCUGCAGCAUUUGGAAACUUGGUUUGUUCGAUUUCUCAUGCGUCCAGAUAUCAGCUGAUGCCGAUUAUUUGAAAAUGCCGUAAAUCAGCCCAACUGAUUAAUCGGUCAAUCUGUAGUUUGUGGCUCCUCCUCUUUCCUGCGGUUUCUUGGUAAAGUUCGAAACUGAUUUAGAGCUGCCAGUGAAUGAAAUCUAUAAAUAUCUUCAUCAAAAAAAAAAAAAGGGGGUCUUUUUUAAUGUUUAUUUUCUACGAAGUGUUUUAAAAUUCUUUAAUAUGUUCACGUCUGCAUAAUGGGGUGGGAGAAAAAAAUCGAUACAGCAUAGUAUCGCAAUAUUUUGUCUGGUAAUAUAACAUAUCGUCUCAUUGACCAAGUAUCGAUUUUUCAGAUAUUGCUACUAUGAAGGCAAAUCUAUGAUAAUGGAAAAGUAAAGCCAAAUGCUAAAUCAGCUUAACUGUUAAAAAAAAAGUAUAAAUCGCAAUUUAUUGUAUCACAACACUCACUGUAUUGCAAAAUGUAAAAAAUCGCAAUAAUAUCGUAUGGCCCAUAUGUCACGAUAAUAUCGUAUCGUGGCCCAAGUAUCGUGAUAAAAUUAUAUUGCGAUAAUAUCAUAUCGUGGCCCAAGUAUUGUGAUAAUAUGGUAUUGUGGGGCCCAAGUAUCAUGAUACUAUUGUAUCGUGGCCCAAGUAUCGUGAUAAUAUCAUCUCGUAGGGCCACUAGUGAUUCCCACCCCAACUAUAUAACCAGUAUUUCAGUCGUCAGUAGUUACAGUUUGGUAGGCAGUAGACAAAAAUAGACAAAAUGUUUGAACUCUUUGGUCAAAAAUCCAGAAGUCCUUUUAAAGAAGGAUGUGACGUAUGAGCGGAAACUUUGAGUCUUAGUCAGAGCUGAGUAUUUGCGCCUGCUGGUUGACGUGCCAUGCAUCACUUUGGUCUCGUCAUACUGGAAGUCCAAAUCUUCCUGUUCCUUUUUUUAGCAUAUCAAGAUUGAUUUCUGAAAGUGGGAGGUGAAGACUCAAACAGGGUUCGAGCCACAUUUGAGAGGAGACAGGGGAGUUUGUAGAGGACUAGAGUCCGCUCGUAAGUUCGGCUUCUGCACCACAAUCUGACAGGAUGAUUGUUUUGAGGACAGGAUGAUGGAUCUCAGUUUCUCAUGCUUCUGUGUGGGAGAGCCAUGCCUCAAGAAUAUGUCAAAGCAGAUGCCUACUUCAUCACCACAGGAACCCACACGGAUGGUUUGGUGAAGUCUUGCACACGGAUCCCAUAUGAUUAUUGGCAAAUAAAAAUAACCGAAAAAUAACCUUAUAUCAAGCAUAGUAGACGAUAUAUGCCAUCCACUUUGUUUUGGUUGCUUGUUUGGUUAAGUGAGUCAGUGGCAUCCAUGUGUUUGCUCAAAACAUAUGACAAUUGAGGCUGCUGCAGUCACAUGCUAAUGGUUAUACAGUUACACAGCUCAGAUAUCGAGAUCAGUGUGUGUGUGUGUGCGUGUGUGUGUUUGAAGAGGGAUUAUUUUUAAACUGCACUAAAAUGAUUACAUGUGUGUUACGUAGGAGGUGUGGAGGUAAAAGGGAAGAAGCAGCAGAAAAGAUGCCCACCUCCUCGUCUUUUCCCUCAUCCUACUCCUCGUUCUUAUCUCUGCAUUUUCUCUCUCCAGUGCCUGAGGAUGUCCAAGCGGAGUUUGUUUGUUCGUCUGGUGCCGUGCCGCUGCUUGCGGGGUGAGGAGGAGGCGGUAACAUCGCUGGACUACUCCCACUGCAGCCUGGAGACAGUUCCUAAGGAGAUCUUUAGCUUUGAGAAGACCCUGCAGGAACUCUACCUCGAUGCCAACCAGAUCGAGGAGCUGCCUAAAGUAAGACCAACACACAGAUGUAUAGACACUUUGACUAUAUGCUCUCUAUAAACCUUUAAACUCCAUUAAAGCACUACUUGAAGCCCCGAAUGGCGACUCUCUGCAGUUUAUCAGUCAUUAAAAGCUUGCAUUGUGGGAUUCAUUCAUAUUAAUUUCAAACAGGAGCCUUUGAAUGACCCACUUGAACAAUGGGGCUAUUUAAACUUUAAUAUUAUGCAGCAUUUUCUCGGUAAACAAUUCACUUUUUGAUAAAACUGUGUUAUCUCUUCUCUCCCUGCAACAGCAACUGUUCAACUGCCAGCUUCUCCACCGACUGAGCAUGCCAGAUAAUGACCUAACAGUGUUGCCAGCAGCGAUCGCAAACCUCAUCAACCUCAGGGAGCUUGAUGUCAGCAAAAACAGUAAGCACAACGCCUGCUUUAAUUCAUCGUCUACCUUUACAUUCUCUUCUGAUCUGGGUCGAAUGUACAAGACGGAUUUUUAUUCCCCAGACCACAGCGGUGUUUUUCACUUCUUCUCAGCCCACUCUAAAUCAACUCCAGCCCAGAGAAGUUGAAACUGUUUGUUUCAUAGUUAUUUAAGAGUUCCUCUGUCUGCUGUGUUUUUUCAACAGUGGUUUUUGGAAGGGAUUUUUAGCCUAUACGGUGACUUCCACUACAGAGUCCUUUCUGUUUCUAAGGUGGUGCUGCAUGAGAGCCCAGAGAUUCUGUGAUUUUUUUUUUUUCAGUCCAAGCAAUGUUUCGAAUUUGGAGGAAGUGUUGCAUAUGGGGUUAGAGAGAGUGAUUUUUAGCCCAUGUGGUGUUUCUAGUACAGAGUCAUGUCUGUUGUCUUCAAAGCAGUGCUGCCUGAGAGCUUAGAGAUCAUGGCGUUUACAGUCCAUGCAAUGAUGUCCACUUCAGAGUCAGACCUGUUUCCGAGGAAGUGCUACAUGAGAGUUCAGAGAUCAUGAGUUUUCUUUGCAAUGUGGUGACUUCCACUACAGAGUCAUGUCUGUUUUAAGGCAGUGCUGCAUGAUAGCUCAGAGAUCGUGCCAUUUUUAUUCAACGCGGGGAUUCCUCUGCGGAGUCACGUCUGUUUUUGUGGAAAAUGCUGCAUGAGGGCUCAUAGAUAAUGUGAUUUUUAGUCAGUGCGGUGCUUCCACUACAGAGUCAUAUGUGUUUUUAAGGAAGUGCUGCCUGAGAGCUCUGAGAUUAUGGAAUUUCUAGCCCAUGCGAUGAUAUCCAAUUCAGAGUCAAGUCCAUCUUGAGAGUAGUGCUGCAUGAGAAUUGAGCGAUCACAUGAUUUUUAUCCAAUGCGAGCAUUCAACUUCAGAGUCAUAUCUUUUGUACAGAGAUUUCUCUAGAUUCCUUGAACCCGUAGAUUAUAUUUUAUACUGCAGUUUAUGAAAUCCUAAAAAUCUUUAACUUUUAUGCAGAGGUAUUCAGAUCCACUGUUGUCUCACCCAGUCCUUCACAUGAUGGUGACCCUCUUCCCUGCUUUUUCACAGCUAAAAUGUAACAAACUUCAGCGUUCUGCAACUUGUUCAGUUUUUUGUUUUUCCUGUUCUCACUAUUUUUGAAUGUUUUGAGGGAUUUAAAUCCAUCAAACCAUCAAAAUCUGUUAUUUUUUCCACACAGCAUCCCAACUCUUAUGGAGUCGGGGUUUUAUGUUUGACUGACAGGUUAAUGAGUCAUGUUAACCUCUUGCAUCAGCUCAUGUUGCUGAAACCUGAAAACUAACCCCGCACACUCAGGUUCAGUGACCUGUGAAGUUCAAAUGUGUAACCAUUUUAGUGGUAAUUGUGUUGUUGGUGCCGCCGAUGGCAUCAGUCAGGGGGAUUCAGAUGAAAUUAUAGUCCAAGACUUGUGUAACUGAUUCUGCGUUAAGAUAACUAUAAAGGUGUCACAGCCUGCCUAGUUUACCUCGCGUUACGUCACAGGACUGCUCCACUGAAAGUCCCUGAUAUGAUGGAUAAAGGAAGAAGACGAGCCCAGACCUGCAAAGACAGACAAACUCAGCAACAGAUGAAGUCUGUUAGAGUUGCUUCACACUUUAGAGUGUUGAUAAAGUGUGUGUAUCUGCUUUGGUAUCACCUCUGGUUUGUGAUCCAUAAUUUUGAAAUAGUUAAAUUUUUGUCUUCUGGUGUUUGGAGCCAGAUUUGAACAUGUGUGGAUGAGAGGGUGGAUCUCGGGAGGAGAGAGCAUGAUGUUUUGUUUCUGACAUCUGUUUUUCAUCAGAGUUCAGUUUCUUUGUGUUUGCUUUGGCUUUUUAUGUAGGAAGCCAUCAGUGUGCAGUAAAAAAAAGAGGAGGAGUCAGGAAUGUAAACAAACCGUGAUUGACAGCUUUUGUUGAUGUCUGUAUUAUACCAGAUUCCUUCAUACAAUAAGAGCGCAUGUAAAAGUCUAGUCAGAGAUGUCUUCCCCUCUUUCUUGUUUGUUCGACCACCUCAGGCAAAAAUAACACAUUUCUAUGAACAAGGUGUAUUUGUGGGCAUACAUAGCCCUUUUUUCCCCACAGAAUGACACUGUACCUGUGGCAGUGGGGUUAGAAGUGGAGACUAUAGAGAGUAUUGAGUAGUCGCAUAGUUGUUACAUUGACUUUUCGCUACGGUGGCUGGGAAGUGUCAGGUGAUUUGCAUAUUCAAAACAGUUUCAAAAGAAAAAAACAUGAAUACAAAGAGCGACAACACGAACGCAAAUAAAGACAAUGAAAGUAAACUUACAGUAGAAUCGGAAAUGGGCAACUCACCGCCAGCGUUUCUGACGGACUGUUAUCACUCACUUCAAGUUUGCAAACCGAUAUAUAUCAAAGAGGAAAUUUGCAAGCAAACUUUAGUUGACUUAUUUUUCGUGUUGCAGCUGUUUGCAUUCCUGUUUUUUUUCUUUUGAAAAGCAUUUUGAAUAUGCAAAUCGCCUGAUACUUCCCAGCCACCGUAGUUUGUCUGAUCUGUAACUUAUUCAUAGACGUUUCCCAUCAUUCCACCCUGCUGUUUUCCCUCUGUGUGUCUGUGCUUUUUCACAAUAACACAACUUAUGUUUAGUAAUCUGUCACUUAAUAUUGCAUUACCUUAACAGUAGGAUUCAUGUACAGACAAGGCUUGUUAAUAAUGUAGCAUUAUGAGAUAAUCGCCAAUGCAUCAAAGGGAAGGGAUGUACAGAGGAUCAUUUUCUCUCUCUGUAAAGCAUGUGUGAGGUACUGCAGGUUGUCAGACACAAGGAGUAAAGAGCAACACAAGUAUUCAUCACAUCAUAGCUAUCACAGUUAGUCAAACAUGUUUCAGUGACAUUUUAAGAGGAGGGAGUGUUGACUGACUUCUGACUUUACUGUUUUCUCAUGUUUAAACUCUUCAAUCGGCACAUUUUGUUUCAUUUUUGUUGCAGCAGAUGGAGUCAUCCCCUGCUGGCUUUAAAAAAGAAAACAGCUUUGAGACUCUUCCGCUUUGGUUUCCCUUUUCAGACCUCCGAGGCUACGUGCUCCUCUUAAACAACCACCUAUAGCUCCCAACACAAACUGUGAACGUAUCUGUACACGGUGUUCAGCUCAACUGUCUCGUCAGGAGUUUCACUGAGUGGGAAAGUGACAGCAGUUGUCAAAGUGUGACAUUUACCUUCUUUGAAGAUAAACAUUUGCGCUGCUCGAUGUGACGGAGCGCUUUGUACUGGAAGUCCUUUCAGUUUUUGCCUGUUUGAUGAGAACUUUCCACUGUCAGUGUUGUCCUAGGCUGACAUUUAGAACAAAAACCAGCUGCGAGGUGUCUGACAGGUCUCUGUAAUGACGCCCAGACACAUCAAGAAUCAAUCAGGUGACGCUGCGAUUUGGAAAAACUCGCUCCUGUUGCAGAUUCUAUUUUUUAAAAGAAGGUGCAAUUAUUUAAACUUAUGCAUCAUUGUGCAGUAAGCCAAAAGAAAGCGGUAACUCUGCAGCCUGUGAUUACUGUUCAACCUUGAAGCUAAGCAGGACCGAAAAGAAGCGUGCACGCUCAGCAGAUCCCUUUUAUGGAAAAAGAAAGGUUAAAAGGUAGUUCUAAUAUAAAUGCAUGAGCGCGGAGGCCGCCCAGAUUAAACCUGUGCUUGGAGGAUGAUGUGGUGUUUUCAUGACCUAGAGCUGCAUGUGCCCCGUUGACAUUAAAAGGAGCUUAUCUCCCUCACAAAGCACUCUGUGUUAAGUGUUGUGGACACAAAACAAAGAGGGUGGAAAUAAACCUCAAGAGUCUGCCACAUCCUUUUCCCCCUGCAGUUACAGCAUCACGGAUGUUUUGUGAGAAUUUGUAGAUUAUUACUCUUUUUUUUAGUUUCCUCUCGAUUGUUAAUUUUUCGCUUCAUCACGAUUACUCUUAUGUGGUUUUAAAGAAAGGGAAAAGGGCAACAGAGCUUCCUGCUUGGUCUCACAGUCACAAAACAGUCUUGUCUUUUUGCUUUUAUAUUUUGUACCAAAUGUCUAAAAAAAAUAGUCCAGAUACUCAACACAUAGAUGUGCACUGAAACCUUACAUUUUCUCUCUAGGUAUCCAGGAGUUUCCAGAAAAUAUCAAGAACUGCAAAGUCCUCGCUGUUGUAGAAGCAAGUGUGAAUCCCAUUUCCAAGUGAGUACUGCAGACUUUAAUUUCCACCAGAAAUUAGCUCAGUUUUUAUUCAGUUUUGCACACUGUUUUUUUCUGUUAUUGAAUAUUCUGGCGUUACACUGACUCUCAGUAAUUCGAUUUUUUUUCUCUUUGUUUCUAAUCUGUUUUAUUUCUUAUUGUGCAUGCAGAAAAUUGAAUCCCUAUCUCCUGUUUACAGUUGAUUUUAAAAGAAUUCUGCUGUAAUAAAGUGUUGCAUAAACUUUUUAUUUUAUUUAAAUGUCUAAUUGAUCGAUCGAUGUGUUCACAGGCUCCCUGAAGGCUUCACUCAGCUCCUGAGCCUGACGCAGCUCUACCUGAACGAUGCCUUCCUCGAGUUCUUACCGGCCAGCUUUGGCAGGUCAGUUUGCCCCCCCCUUCCCCCUCGGGUUGGAUUAGAGUUUCACUCAAGCUGUACAAAGUGUGCACUGAAGCUGUAGACUGUGACUCUGAGAGUGGACUGAAACUUGAAAGAAUUGCACAAAACAAACUUGUACAUUUGAAACAGUUGCACAGCUUGAAAAGAAAAAACUAGUCAGAGAGAUUUGCUCUCACGCUAUCAUCCACAGUGGGACCAGGUGACAUACAGGAAAGAUAUUGAUCAUGAUAUAAAUUCCCCUAUGUCAUUUUGAAGUUUCGGACUUAAACGAAGUCGGUUUCUGUUUAUUAUCACUCAUCACAUCAUAAAGGAGACUACAGCGGUGUUUACAGCAGGAGCUAAUGAUGCAUUAAACAAGAGAACCAGAUUGUAACUUAUAUUUACAUUCAUUUUACAGCAUCAGUUUGAGAGCUGCUUAAAUCAAUAUUUGUGAUGGAGCAGUGCAGCUCUUAUUCGCUCACUUACAUAGCCCUAUUGUCUUCACUGUCAAAGGAAAAUGCUUUUAUAUUUAAGUGCUUAACACCGUCAACUCAGUUACAAACACAGUAGAGAUGCGUUUUGACCACAGGAACCAGAUUUAUUCCUCUUUAAAGAACUCUUUAAAGCUCCUGAUUAGGGGGCAGUGCUUUCCAGUGGUCCAGAGACUUUGGGAGGGAGGCCCAAAUUUCAUUUACAUAAAAAAAACACAGGCUGUUAAUUUACAUACAAGGUACUAGUCGCAUAGACACACAAAGAAAGGAGGGAAGAGAAAUUCUUGAUUAUAUCCCUCAUUGCCUAAUGUUGUCUGAUCUGUCAGACUAUGUCUAUACAUGAAUUUUGACUUAUGAACAUAUGGACCUGUCUUUAUCACCAGAACUAGAGCUAAAACCAAAAUACUGAGCUGCAAAUAUCAAAACCAGUGAUUCUUAAACGUUUUUUUGGUGUCACAAUCCCUCAAAUGUAAUGCCAUAGGUGUUCGUGAUCUCUGUUGGACUUCUAUGUAAAUAGAGUGAAAUACUUGCUAGAGUGAGUAUGCUGCCAGUCUGAAACAAAGCAUAUUACUGGCACAAGCAGUUUGAUUUAAGAUAAAUUAUCCAGUCAAAUAGUAGGUGUUCAUACUUGAUGUUUCUGGCAAAUCCCUGAAUUUCUCUCGCUCCUCCUGUUGGGUUUAUCACCCCAGGAAUUAUAUCAAUAACUGUUUUUCAAUCACCUUUUUUUCCAUGUUGUAGAGGAGACUUUGAGCAGGAGUACAGAGGGUAAAACAGCGACACAGACAUAAGAGGCUGCAGCUGUAUAAAAUCUACACACCACCAUGCAGUGGAUGUAAACAUCUUCCUUUAGUUUUAUGUGGCUCUUCAUUCGAUGAAGAAGUCUUCUUAUAUGGAUUCAGGGUAAAAUAAACAGGUCUUCACAUUGUCAGAGGUGUUUAGAGGUUUGGGUAGGAGUCCUUGGCAGGGCAUUUAACCUCACCCUGCCAUCAGUGUGUGAAUGGGUGAAUGUGACAUGUAAUGGAAAGUUAGCUUUUACUAAACCUAAAACAGUGAUAUAUUUAUGAAGCACUAAAACCAAGAAUUCUGGUAUUUUAACGCUUUAUUAUUGUCUGUCUCCUCUUAUUAGUUAUGCUUGAUCAAUUAGCUGUACAUUAAUGAUUUGCUGUAAGACAUAGUUAUGUCCUCAAAGGCAACAAACAACCGGUCUCUUAAAACCAGCAGUAUCACUGACUCUCUUAUUCUUUAAAGACUUCUUAUGACGCUGAACAUGUGACAGACACUGCACCGAAGGCACUCACCCUCACACUACUGUCUUUAUUAUGGUCACCCUGCUUUAGUACUACAGAGGUCCUACUUUGUUCUUAGAAACAAACUAACUCAGAACACCGCGUCACGUAUCUGGUUAGUGGCUGACAGGCAGAGCGGUGGAAAUUAUAGCUCGAAAAGCCGUCAACAUAAAACCACCGUAGGGCUGAAUGAAGGUUUCCUCUCUUCAGGAGUCAAGUAUGACAAAUACAGGGUGCAAACUAACACUUAGAGUACAAUAAAGAAAGGUUAGUGCAUUAUGAAGAUCAUAUGUUGAGUAGUACAAUUGUAAAGUGUUGCUGUUUGUCCUCACUUAUAUUUUCACUUUGUUGCAGGUUGACUAAACUGCAGAUCUUGGAGCUGAGAGAGAACCAGUUAAAGAUGUUGCCAAAGUAAGUUGAUUUUACUUUAUAUCACUUAAGAAAUUAAACUUAGGUUCAGUUAAACUGGAUCAUAGCCCUAAUGUUUGGACUUGAGCAGUGUUGAUAUGGUUUUAUUGAACUCAAUCAGCCUGGUGGGUUUUGUUUAAGUCUCAUGUUUACCUAGUUAGUACUUUUAACAUAGUUUUGGAUAGGGGUGUCCUGAUACAACUUUUUUAAUUCUGAUAAGAUACCAAUAUUGUUCCCUUCAGUAUUGGCCGAUACCGAUAUUGAUCCGAUAUUUUCAUGACAAAUUUUGCACUCAGCUGCAAUGUCUUUUUCGGACUUGAACGAAGAAUACUGCCAGACAGCCGACAUCAUUCCUACUCCUUGCUACUUUGUUAGUACCUUAGUACUCACUGUUGUUGUGAUCACGUGGGCUCUACAUGCUGGAUAGAGAUGCCAGAGUGGAGUCUGAAAUGGACUGCUUGUAUCAGAGUGCUGAUACCAGAGAUUUUAGAUGCAGGCCGAUAUAAUCCUGUAUUUGUUUUUUGACUGAUAUCUGAUAUCAAUAUCGUACUGGGACAGCCCGAGUUUUUGAUUCCAUCCAUGUAUACAGAGCUGACAGAUUAGUGAAAAGUCAUGCAGAGAGAUUUCCAAUCCUGGCAAAGCUGGAGCUUGAGAGUGACACCUGACCAUGUGGAUUUUAUCAAGAAGAACAAGGAUGUAGAAAUCUGGACGCUGUAAGACUAAAACAGGACUAUUUUUCUGUUGCGGCACUUCUGGAUUUAAUCAUUUAAGCUUUGCUCAAUAUAUGCGUGGGGAUUAUUUUACGAGCCUGCUCCGCUUGUUGAUAUUUGGCAGGUUGAACGAUUUUGAGGCGUCUGUGUGUUCUGCAGCUUUGCAAUACCAUCAGUUAUAGUCGGCGUGUUUCUGUGGAAAUAUUUGGAUUUCUCCUCUCCUCGUUUUUGUGUUGUGAUCGUUAUCAUCCUCCGAAAGCACGUUAUUGAUCAUCCUCUAUUCUCAGCUAACGACUCCAAUUUUAACUCCAGCAUACAGAUUUAGAUUUUUCAUUCUCACUUCCUCGUUAUCUUUCCCCUCCCCCUCUGCCUUGUCCUCCAAUCUUCCUCUUUUUUUUCAUUUUUUCAGCACAUUCCCUCCCCACCCCUCUAACUGUAGUAUUAAAUUCCACUGUGUUACAUAAGAGCCCCCUUUCUUUGGCUGCUUGCUGUGGCAGGUUUUAUAAUCCUCCGCCGAGACAGCGCUGAGGGUUAUUUCACCAUCCGAGAAGUGCCACUGGGAGACAAAAACCGUCCCCCAAAUAUUUGAGAAAGCUCCAGGUGAUUGUGGGAGAAGUUGCUUUCUCUUUCUCUCCUCUCUCUCAUGCGUCACUCGCUGUACCAUUUCUCUUUUGUCCUUCCCAUUUCCCCGGUAAAAACUGCUUCCCCACUUUGCCUUUUUUGUCCUCCCUCAGAGUUCUGUUAUCGCUCACUUUUCUUUCUCUCAUUUUUGACCGACUGACAGACAGACAGACAGACAGGAUCUGCCUGUGCUGCAGCUCUGAACAGAUCCCCUCUCUCUCCCCUGCUGUGUUUAUGUGACAGAGGCCAGAUCCGUUAAAGGCUGGAGUGCUGACAAAGAAAGCGACUAAUGAUCGAGAGCGUUGCCAGAGCGACACACAAGCAUUUCAAAGAUGUAAACAAAUGUGUGCGUGCACAAAGGGGCGCAGCAGAAGUCCUUUCAGGGCGUCCCACAUACAAAGUGCUGCCUCUUUUCUCUCACACACGGAGCACAUGCAUGAACCGUAUGUUUCUCUGAGUUUUAAAGAAGGAUGCUGCAUUCCUCACAACUCCGGGUCAAAAGUCUAAGUGUGAAGCGGCUCUGUAGUCGAGCCAGCGCCGCUCAUUCGUACCUACCCCCUUCAGCUCACAUGGGGGGUCGCUGGUGUUCUUGCCAACUUUGAGGUAAGAAUGUGACAAAGUUGGCUGCGGCUCAAGAACAUCCCUGUAAUGAUUUUCACAGUGCAGCAAGCACUUACAACUCUAAAGGGCUUAAAUCAUAUCUGUAAUUUGUGCCGCGUGUCUUGCAUUCUCCUUUUAUGAGCACCAUUGAAAAGUAAAACAGACUGCGAUGCCGAAGUGUCAGUGGGCCUCUUCUUUCCACUCCUCUGCUGUAUCUCACUCUUGUUUUUGAGAGUUCAUGCCCGCUGUGAGAGGAUCAGCGUUUCUGUUCCCAAACACUCUUCUGUACAUCUCCAUUUCAUCUACGUUCACAGUCCCGCUCAGUUUGAGGUUCGCUUCAAGUAACAUUUUGUUGAACUUGUGUUUCCCCCCCUGAAGAAACUUUAAAACCAAACAUACUAUACAACUAUUAAAACAAAACAUAUUUACAGUUCAUGCAGCCUGCUGUGAAAGUUUGAGGGAUUUCUGGAGAAGUGGAGUCGCUGUGUGAAAAUACCCCAUAUAAGGAAAGAUUUGAUGCUCUUUUCACACAGUUAUAACCUGUAAUGAGUGUUAAGUGAUGGUGUUUGUGCUGGGGUGAAUACGAAAGGCUAUUUUGGCCGUACCACUUUGGCUGAAAAAGAUGUGAUUAUCAGUUUAUGUUUUUUUUUCUUGCUUUUAUUCCGCUAAAAUUGCAAAAUUCAAACAAUCAAUCUACGUGUUACAGAAACGGUUUAGAGGAAUACCUUUAAACAAAUUCAAACAAUAGAAAAAGAAUAAGGGGAUUGUAGAUAUUGCAUUUAUUUAGUAGAGAUUUCCCGAUACAAAAUUAAUAUUUUGUAUCAGUCCGAUAUCAGCAAAAAAACCCACUAUACUGGAUUAUAUCAGACUGCAUCUAAAAUCUCCAAUACAAGCAGUCCAUUCCGGACUCUGCUCCAGCACCUCCAUUUAGCAUGACUCUACAUGAUCCAGCACGUAGAGCCCACGUAAUAGAAACAACAGUGUGUACUAAGGUAUUAACAAAGUAGCAAAGAGUAGGAGUGAUGUCGGCCAUGUGGUGGUAUUUUUCGUUAAAUUUUCGAAAAAGCCGUUGCAGUUGAGUGCAUAACUUGUCAUAUUCAAUUUUGUGUCAAUAUUGGAUCAAUAUCAGUAUCGGCCAAUACUAAAGGCUGCAAUAAGGGAUGUCCCGAUACAGUAUUGAUAUCAGAUAUCGGUCUGAUAUCAGCAAAAAUUCAAAUAUCGGAUUAUAUCCACCUGGGUCUAAAAUCUCCGAUGUCAGCGCUCCGAUAAAAGCAGUCCAUUCCAGACUCCGCUCCAGCACCUCUAUUUAGCAGCACCCAGAUCCAGCACGCAGUUUUUGCCAAUAUUGAGUCAAAAUCAAUAUCGGCCAAUACUUAAGGCCACAAUAUCUGUAUUGUUUUGGAAGUAAAAAAGUAGUAUCGUGUUGAUAUCUGAUACGCCAAUAUUUUUUAUGAUAAGGAUACAUACACUUUUCUGCCAAGUUUACGAAAUCAGCCUUUAGUUUGAACCAUUCAGUGGGGACCGUGAGACUCUGACCUGGAUGUGGGGGAGAAAACUCUUCAGCAAAGGCUUAGAGCUCGCAUACGUCAUCCAUUUUCCAUUAUUUGAAGCAUAUUUCUGUCACGCCUGAGAGCUCAAAGGUAUUUAUUUGCUUGUAAAAUGAUUGAGCUAAGCGAGUGAAGCUUGGGAAUCGAAUAUAUAACAUGAAAACAGACAGUAAAUCUUUUUCUCCUGGCUCGCGUUUCAGAGCGCACGGCCCACUUAGCCGAUAAUCCUCAUUGUCCCUUAUGCCUGAACAAAAAGGGGUCAGUUUAGUGACACUCCACUUGUGAAAACAUAUUUUUUAUGAGUCCAGUGUGAGGAGUGACAUAAUGGUUAGGGAGUGAUGUGAUCUCCCUGCUGGUUUGAAAUAUCUCACACCCUGUCUGUCCUGUGUCUGCAGGAGCAUGCAUAAGCUCACGCAGCUGGAGAGGUUGGACCUGGGGAGCAAUGAGUUCGUUGAAGUGGUGAGUAUCUGACAGGCAGUCUGCUGAUGCCCAGGGCUACCUACCUUUCUGAUGGUGACCUCACCUCCUCUGUCCUUGAUCUGUCCUCUUUCCUACUUGUUCAGUUGUUGACAUGGAGGGGGGCUUUUUUUCUGAAAGGGGGACUUCUAUUCCUCUCUAUUUUAAAUUCUUGACCCUUUUCUUACAGAUCUUUGUUCAAGUGCAAUAUUGAACACACAGACAUUUUUUACAGACAUUUCAGUUUGUAAACAUGGGGGUUGCUGGUCUGUCACUGCCUCUGGCCCUAUUAAGUGUUGGGUUCAAACCAAGCAGUUAAAGCUCCAUAAUGAAUGACACAAAAACAGAAACAAACAAAUAGGUUAAUAUGGCAUUAAAAUAGGAAUCCGUGUGUUCAGUGAGAUAUUGGAGUUGAUGUUCUUCCUUUACUCCUACCGUUAAGUUUUUGAUAAUUUACGUCACACAACAAAUGUGUUGGAUUCAAACCGAGCAGAUAAAUCACCAUACUCACCUAAACAGGUAAACAAGCACAGUUACAAAUACACAGGAGUUAAUGAUCUACCACAGUCUCUACUGAUAUGGCAAAUUUACGUGCAAAAAUAGUGGUAGACCGGUAACUCCUUCACUUUGCAAGUUAGAUUUAUGGGAGGUGCUGAUCUAUACAUGCUUCUGUUGUGAGGAUUUUGGUGUAUUUAUGUCACAUAAACAUUUAUUUGAUUUAAACUGAUUAUUUAAAGGACCAUAAUCACAUAAUCCCACAACCUAAACCAGCUAAUAAAAUUUUUGGUAGAUCAACAAGUCCUCUGCAUGUUGGGUUUCUGCUGAGUUUCCUGUCCAUUGCUGCAUUUUUGGAAAAUUCAUUCCGAACAAACUGUGUUGGAUUCAAACUGAGCUUUCAUUUCACCAGAACUGCACAACAGUUUAAGGAAGUGGUAGAUCAGCACUUUUUGUGUUGCGGAAGAAAAGAUUCAUUGGAGUUUCUGUUUUACCACGGCGAUAAUUAUGUUUUUGGUAAAUCUGUGUCUUAGAAACAUUGUGAUUGAUUCAAAGUACUUCAGUAACACAGUAACGCAGGCAAACCAACCCAAGAAAAAAAGUGGUAGACUACCAAUUAACUACCGGUUUACUGCAGAGCAUUCAAAAUAACAAAAUCACGCUAAAACUGCUGCAAAACAACAAAUUAAAAUCAGGGUAGACAAGCAACUCCUGUGCCCUGCAAAUUAAAUUGACAGGAGCUGCUGAGCUACUAUUGCCUCUAGAAUUUAGAACACAAAAAUAGUAUAAGAGUAAUUACACAAACCAACAACAUAUGAAGACAGUGGUAAAGCAGCAACUCCUGUGUCAUUUGUUUGUUGCAAAGAGAGAAAUAGAGCUGCUCUUUGAGGCUUUUAAAAUAAUGUCUUUGACUACAAGUCCACCUUAGGGUUCCUUUUAUCUACGUAGGUAGACAUUUAUGAUCCUGACAUUUGCCAAAAGAAAGGACUGUGAUUUGGAGAUUUGCCUGAGAGUACAAUCCACUGGAGCAUCCCAAAUGAGGAAUAAUGUAAAACCAGGGCUCAGGUUUAAAAUACCCGAGUUCCCCUGUUGGCAUUUAUAAUCACUGGAAGAGCCUGCUUUCACCAAAACGUGCUAAUCACGCCGAGUGGAGGAAAUGGCCUCGUGGUUAAUUGUUUUGCACAUUUAAAAGUGAAGCAUGUCAUCCUGUCCCAGCCCAGCAGGCGCACACACUCACGUGCAUCCAUAAAAACACGUUAUAUCUCUAUCACUUAACCUCCUUUCUCCUCUUUCUGUCCACAGCCUGAGGUGUUGGAGCAGCUGACUGGAAUCAAGGAGCUGUGGAUGGAUGGAAACAGACUGACAUUUUUACCUGGGGUAUGUCUCUAAUUCGUUCCCUGACACACUCACUCUCCACGGCUGCCGCCCAAAACAUCAUCUUCAGAUUAUCUCCUUUGAUUUUAACUCGUGUUGUCUGCUUAAAUCUUCUUCAAACCGGACCGCCGUCAGUUCGCAUCAGACUUUCAGGCCUCUGAAAACCAGCAGAGAAGUCGCAGCUUAAAAAAAUGUUUUUCUCCUGAGAUGAUCACAUGACUGUUUUACAGGUUAUUGAUGUCCCAGUUACAGUAAUUAUUUUGCUUUAACUUAAUUAAUUAACAAUGAUGUUUUGAUAGUCUGAAUGUGUUAUUAGGGAUUCAUUUUUCAGCAGCUUAUUUGUAACUGGGUCAUAAUUGGAGCAUUUGUUCUGCUGCCAGCGUUUGAACAGCAUCAGCUGUAAUCACAGUCUGGCCUUAACAAGCAACAGUGUUUGUAUGAAUACAGUUUCUGUUUCCAGUAUUAAAGAUUAUAAUUUGACCAAUAAUUUCAUUUUAAAACUGGCUCAAGAGAACAUUUAGGGGUCAAAUGCUUCUGUAUUCAACAAACACACUUGCCUUAUCAUUGCUACACAACAAUGAGGAUGGUUAGGUAUAAGCAGCAGUUCUGGUAUUGAUUUUGUGUGUCUAUUCUCAGAUGCUGGGGACGCUCAAACAGCUGGUGUAUCUGGAUGUGUCCAAGAACAACCUGGAGAUGGUCGAUGAGCAAAUCUGCGGCUGUGAGAGUCUGCAGGACCUCCUGCUGUCCAACAACGGCCUAACACAGCUGCCAGGCUCCAUCGGUAAAUAGAACAACACGCAUUUGAUGAAACACCUUCUUAGUCUCUUUCAAGUUUUGCCAAUCAAGCGUUCAUUUCUCUGUCCAUCCUUCUGUUCUGCACCAAUUUGCAAAAUUCAUAAUACUGAUAGAAAUUGCAAAGCAGCUCCUUUUAAUUUGUGCAGCUUUUGCUACAAGAUGUAACGUCUCGCUUUCAUGGUGAGGUCGGCUUGAAGUCUUGCACUUGCUGUGACAUUACAAUUACAACAAUAUGAUGUAUUUGCAUUUGUAUGAUAAUGUUUCAGGAGCACAGCUGUUAAAUUCACCUGACCUCGAGCUGAUCUGUGUGCAUUGUUCAUCAUAUUCAAUGGGGCCGGUUCAUCCAAAAACAAACAAAAGCCAAUUUUGAGGAAUAUUAUAAUCACAGAGCUCGAUUCAGACACGCCAAACCUCGAUUUAUCAAAUUAGAAACGGAGGUUAAACACUGUAAUAGAACUAAAACAAUCAGAAAGCUAUUCAUGCGCUUUAUCUAAUGUCAUGUCUGGUCUCUUAUAUGUACUAAUGCCAGUUAUCACACAAAAAUACAGCUAAUUAUAUUGUGUUUAAUGUUACAACAUCCUACACCGACAUCAUUGUAAGCUGGCUGAGAAGGUGGGGCAGAAAGCUGUGUGUGUGUGUGUGUGCGUGUGUGUGCGUGCGUGCGUGUGUGUGUGUAUUUAAAGCUCACACUGUGUUCACACUCAGGGCCUUAACACAAUGGGACACCAAUAUAACACUGGUGCAGGAUCAAUAUGAGAGUUAAUGGGGUUAUAGCAGAGCUCUGUGUCAGACUCACAUUAAAGGGGCUCUGCCUUCAUGAAAUAUAAAUGUCUUAAAAUGUGAUCGAGUCAGAAAUAAAGGAAAAGAGUCACCCGAUAAAGAUUAAAUAAACAACAUUAAAUAACUAAAAUGAAAAAACAUUUAUACUUGAUUCUAAUACACAUAAUGUACAGCAAUGAGAUAAAGUAUUGUCAUAUGAAGUUGACAAUAAUAAUACAGGAUGCAAACUGAAAUUUCACAGCAAAGUUUCCCAAGAAUGGAAAUAUAAAUGAAAAGUAUUUAAGAAGUUACAUUCACACACUAUAACUAUGCACAACCAUGAUUAUAUGCACACAUAUAAUACCAUAAAAUGGAAUCACUUUGAUCCACAAUCCACAGAUAAUAAUGUAAAGUUUGUAAAAUGAAACUUUUUAUGUCGGUUUAAUAACAGCUCAGACUGAUUAGACUCAAGUUUAAUUUAGAUUUACAUGUCUACUCAACGUCUAAUCUGGAAUUAAUCCAGAUUUUUUCCACAUAUGUAUAUCCUGUGUUUACUUUCCCUGAGGGGGGAAAAGUACAGUCCAUGACUAAAGAGCAGGCUAAUGAAAUCUGAUGAGUCCUGAUGCACAGCGCUUUAAAGCGAGGUUGAUUACUGUAUUGAUGACAGGACAAAUCAAUCCAAUUAACUGCUGUAAUAGAUAUCACUCUUUGUUAUGCAACAGUGAGUGAUAAUCACUAACCGCCCUGAGCUGCAUCUCUUUAACCCUGUCUCUCUCUCUCCCUCUUUCUCUUUCUCUUUUCUUUGCAGGCUCGCUGAAGAAACUGACGGCGCUGAAGGUGGACGAGAACCAGCUCAUGUACUUGCCAGACUCCAUCGGCGGGUGAGCGUAACAGCAUUCGCUUUAUAUAUCGGCAGAAUUAACCCUCAGAUCAGUGGAUUAUUACGGCGCUCUCAUCUGAUGUCCCGCUGAUCACAUAAAACGUCUGUCUGGAUAAAUCAGAUAUUCCCAUUAAGCGUAAUGUGUUCUGAUGCCUUAUUUGUUUAGCUUCCGAGUAACUUAAUAACGGUCAUGAUUAUGAAGCAUGAGCAGCUAUGAUUGAAUGUCAUGCUGCAGAGUCAUGUCCGUUUAUAACAACAGUUUGAGCUUUAUUGUGACAGGGUUUGGCGGUAAUCUCUGGCCAGAUGACCCUCCAAUGCACUACUGACGGAUUAAAGCCGCCGUAGCCGUCCUCAGACUGAUAUUUUCUGUAGCAGACAGGUGAAUCCAGCAGUCAGCAGCUGCGAGUGAGGUCUACAUCCCGACCGCUGGCCCUAAAUCACAGUGUCUCAGCAUAAAAUUAGACUCCAGUUUAAUCCAGAAACUCCUUGUUUGUCCUCUUCUACAUGCAUGAGGAGAGACAAAGCUCCAUGUGGUGACACUUGUGCAGCUCCAAGGCUCAGAGGUUUAAUUUCCCUCCAUUGUUUCCAAACAAAAAACACCCUCAUUUGUCCCGUAUGUCCGAAUCUGUCUCCUUGUGUAAUUUGAUACAGAUUAUGUGAUAAAGCCCACGGUUUAGUUUAAUCCCAUGCAAGGAUUUGAGCUUAAGCAAGAUGAUUUUUUUUUCAUUCAUUGCGAGCUGAUUUGCUGCUUGCACUGUGUUGUGUCUCCGUUAUGUAUUCUGCAGAGAGGGGUCAAAUCCUGUGUUUUGGAAUUUAACGAUAUUGUAACACAGCGGCUCCCCGCCGCUCGUCUCACUCUGUUCGCAUUCAUCUGAAAUCCCACAAUGCAUUUGCAUUUUUCAUUCAGCUGAAAGCUCCCGGCUUCAAGACGCUUCUGUGUCAACAUGGGCUUUACUUUAAAAUGUCACAGCUUUAAACAGCGUCCCACGAAGCUGUUAAAACGCAGCUUUGCUGUUGUUGUGGAUGUCUCUGAGGGUUUUUCUUAAGAGAGCGGUCUCAUUUAAAAAAAAAUGGUUUUACUUUGUUUGCAGACUUUUCUUUUUGAACAAGGUCCACAAAACUGCAUUUAAACAGUUGAAUAAUCUCAAUGUGACUCAUAUUUGAAACUAACUUUUUAACGGUACAGUUUGUAGUAUGAGGUAUGAAAAUCACUGUAUUUUUGUUGGAAUAAGCUUUGUAGAUUUACAUAGAAGCAGGUUUAGCCACGGCUUGUACCACUAUGUUUCUACAGUGGCACAGAACGGACAAACUUGCAGCAUACACAUUUUUAUAUUUAGUGUCUGGGCUGAAUAUUGCUUGGUUUUUCCAUUCUGCACACUGUAUCUGUAAGAUUUUAUGUCUUUAGGGGCUUUUUCUGCCCGUAUUUUUGGAGGUUAGGACAUUAGAGAGAGCUGGAAGUAUGGAAAGAGAGAAAAGAGUGAAAGGAGCAUGGGAUUGAAUCCAGUGUAACCUUCAUAUACAGGGCAGAUUUUAGACAAUAUUUAUACCUUUAUUUAAAAGGUGAGAGAGGGAACUGGAAAUAUGGUUGAGUUAAAGGUGAAAUCCACCAAUUUUUGCUCCUCAAACUCAUUGAAGGGAGAUGAAAAGCCUCUGUGUUGAUAAAGCUUGAUAAAUUACAGUAUAUUUUUGUUCCUCUAUUAGCCCUGGCACAACUGAUAGCUUGUGUCACAAACUUGAUGAUUCAAUCUUACCACUGGAUACAUAAAGUCCAAAUUUAUAUAGAGAAUAAGGAAAAUAGCUAAUUCAGACUUGAUAGCCUCACAAUAGUAUAGUUUGUCUACUUUGUCUGGAGGUUUGUGUAUCAUAGUCAUGUCUUGACACUGUUUUGGUGCAGCUAGAUAAAGCUAAAGCCAGCUAUCAGCAGAUAGAUAUGGAAACUGUGAGUUGUAGCUGGUAUGUGCCUUUUAUUAUUAGUUUAUUUAUGACUUUUAUCACAAUAUUAAACAUAUUAAUUCACAUCACAUGGAUCAUGCAGGUGUUUUACUCACUAUACAGGGAAGGUCAGAUUGGCCAUUAUGAGAAGUGUAGGACUGAGUGAAAGUCAGGGGAUGGUUACUUCUCUUUUUUUUUAAUCUAGUAUGUUAUCAUGGUUCCUCGUAUGGUUAUAAAAUAUAGUUUAAUCUGUGCAUGAAGUGCUUUGCGCCCAUAAUGAAAGUCUCUCUGCUCCUUCAGGCUGACCUCCCUGGAUGAGCUGGACUGCAGUUUCAACGAGAUCGAAGCCCUUCCCUCGUCCAUCGGUCAGUGUGUCAACAUCCGCACCUUCGCUGCAGAUCACAACUUCCUGGCUCAGCUCCCUCCCGAGGUGAGUGAUUCACACUCAACUCUAUGGAUGUGUGCGUAGUGUGGAUGUGUCAAACAGCGGGGCACAUCAGCUUGCUCAGCAGUAACCCUGAUCCCUGUCAGCUCAUGACUCUGAGUCUUCGCUUUUCUUCCGUUUGCAGAUGGGAAACUGGAAGAAUGCAACUGUGCUGUUCCUCCAUUCCAACAAGCUGGAGACUCUGCCCGAGGAGAUGGGGGACAUGCAGAAGCUCAAAGUCAUAAAUCUGAGCAACAACAAGUGAGUCUGGACCGGCUGUGUUCCUGCAUAAUGAGGGUCAAGUUAAAGGGCAAAGGCGCAUAAAGUUUUUCUGUUUAUUUUGGAUUAUGGCAGUAGAUUCAGUCAUUCACUGACUGCAGGAGCUGUCCUACUUUUUUCUUUCUGGUUUUAACUUUUUGCUUGUCAGGCAAAAGAAUUUCUUGGUCUCACCCAUACGAGAGCCCACACCCAUUCUGAAACUGAGCUAGUGAAUUACAUUAGUUUUGAGGAGUCCUAAUUCCAGCGAGAAUGAAUUCGGGGUUUGGUUUGGACGCUGAGGCCUGAGUGAGGUUUAAAUCAGGGCUUUUCCAUUCCUGGUGUCUCUCCUGUGCCAAAUACGCUGAAUAACUUUGGCUUCAACCCCACGGCACUCAAAUAUUUUUAAAGAAAAUCUAAAUACAGCUUCAGCCAACCCUAAUACAGGGCCUUCAUGCUUUGAAUUUGCCUCACAGAUUGGAAAACAGUACAUUUUGACCCCCUUUGAGUGUCAGAGAUUGUUGUUAUAAGAGGACUGAGCACCUGUGUUGUUUUUCUUGGCUGCAGGUUAAAGAAUCUCCCGUACAGCUUCACUAAACUCAACCAAAUGACUGCGAUGUGGCUGUCAGAAAAUCAGGUAAGAUCACAUGUGGUAUGCAUGAGUCACAAGUAAAAGUGUUUGACAAAAGGUGUCACCGAGUUCAGAGCUGUCAGACACUCAUUUGACUACAGAAACUGUUUUGACAGCCGGGGAUGCCACAACAUUCAGCGGUAAAUUAAUCCUGCUAAGCCGAGCAGCUUCCAGGAAAACCAAUUCAACAUGCAUCAAACCACUUCCAGCAGGACACUCGAUCUCAAAGUGAGGAUAGUGAUCCGCUAAAGUCUACAUUUUUAACGUGUGGAAGGCUCCUCAGGAAGGUUACAACGUGUUAUCCUAACCUUAGUUCGUGUAAAAGACAAUAGUGAGGUAAUCGAGACAGGCCAGCCCAAAUCCUGCAAAGUCCUUUAACAGUAAUUACAUUGAAGAGGAUCAGUUUGGGAGUUCCAGCUGUCACAGUAUCCAAGCUUUCAUAUAUUCUGUAAUCAGUAUGAAAAAAGCGUUCAAAUCUCAACAGUAUUGAAUGUGCGCUAUUCAAAUUAUAGUUUGUCAUGCUUUUAUUUUGAAACUUUGGCAUUGCUGUACUUCCUGCAUUGUCAAAGUUUGCUCUUAUUUUUAAAGUAUGCUACCUCUGGUGGAUUGUAAGUAUUUGAACUGAAUAAAAACAAUAAAAAAACAGGAAGUUCAAAUCUUAACACUAACUAAUUUCUCAGAGAACUGCUACAGCUAGUUUGCUAACAGCUGCUGCUUCUUCUUCGUCUAUCCCUCUUUUUUUGACGUGGCAAUCAGCUCAUAGGACCAUGUACUUGUGUAAUAUUUUUACCUUGAUUUUAUUUAAUAAAAAAAAACAGCUGUCAUCAAUGCUGGUGUGCUGCAACAGCCUAAAGUUUUACAUAUAUUCAAAUAUUCAGUGCAAACUUGUGGCUAUUAUAUACGGAGGCAUAUUGCAGUCAUAAAAAAAUAAAAGCUCUGUUUUUCAGAGUAAUUUUUUUUCUUCCUGUUUACAGACAUUUUUUUUCUUCUCUGUUCUUCAGACUAAGACAAUAUUUAGACAAUAUUUUUUGUCUUCUCUGUUUUUUGGACUAAUUUUUUUUUGUAUUGUUUUUCAGGCUAAUUAUUUUACCUGUUCUCUGGGAUCAUGAUCAUUUAAAAACAGAUGCUUUCAUCCCCCUUUGCUCAAUUUGUUUAACUAAUAAGAUGCUUGACUCUCAUUGACCCCAUAGUCGAAGUUAUCUAGGAACUAGAGAAUUCACUGAUUUGGAGCAGCCACGGUGGUUAACGUUAUCUGAAUGUAUGAAAUUCUCGCAGGAUUUUAAAGUGUCUUGUUUAGUCAGGAAAAAAAGAAUAGUCAGAAGAACAGAGACAAAAUAAAAAAUAAAAAGGAAGAAAAACUGAAUGAUAAUUUGUCCGAAAAAAAGAAAGAGGGGAAAAAAAUACUUGUUUAAAAAAAAACUGAAGAAAAAAAAUAGUGUGAAAAACAGCAAAGAAAAAAAUUCUAAAAACAAAAAAAAUACUUUUUUUUUUUUUGUAAGAAUGCAAUACGCUUCCAUAAUGAUAAGCAAGAGCAGUAGUUGUUUCAGCAUCCUAGACAACAAAGGGAGGGAGCAGUGUCACAGAGGGUAAAGUAGGAAAUAACAAAAUAAAACUUAAAUCUCUGAGCCAAAACUGGAGUUUAUGUCAGCUGGUCUCUACAGGCUUUUAGCUCGUUUUAUGUGUAGUUUUCCUGCAGGUAAAGGAGCCGUCAACAGAGAUAAAUACAUGUGAAAAACUAGGAUUGUCUUACACUCUUAACAUAUUCAAAUUAGCACCUGAUUUUCCUGCUUUCACUCAAACGUCACGUCACAUUUACUGAUCGACGCAGCAGAGCAGAGAAAACAGUAAAGCUGUAGAGUUUGAGGCGGGGCGAUAUGUCACCAAGAUUUGACAGGAAUGAAAAGAAGCAGAGGAAACAAAAGAAAGAGGGUAAAAAGAUUACCCCAGGAUUAACAUUUUUAACACUCAAAUGAUAAAUACUGCUGCAGGAGAGGUCGGCAUCGAUCUGUGUUGAAAUGGAGGAAGACCAGUGAAAUAUCCACAACGCUGAGAGACCGAAGGCUGUUUUUUUUUGUUUUUUUUACAAGUGGAAACAAACAUUGACACAACAGUGAAAACAUGACAUCACUCAUGGAUUAUAUGCAUUAUAAAAAAAACAAUAAAACAGCUCCAGAACAGUCGUAAACAGCUCUCACUUCCUCCUUGUGCAGCAGGUCGCUAUUGAAUGCUGUUUUUAACUGCAUGAUCAAAUUUGUUUAAAUUUCAUUGCUGGUAAUUUUAGAGAUUCAAAGGAUUUCCCAGCUUGUCUUGACUGCUCAUAAAUGUUCAGCGCUGCGAGUCCCAUCCUCAGAGCUCGUAAAAUUUCAUAAAGCACUGCCUUCCUGGAGCAGGGACUUUUUUUUUCCUUGCAAAACAAUGUCUUCUGAAUCUUAGUUUAGACUCCAGUCUCUGUGAUAGAAAAGAGGGGAGACCAGGAAGUCUGCAGAAAGUCCCUAGUCCUGGGGGAGAAUUCCUGCGGUGGAAACGAAGCCAAUCAGAUGCACAAGGUGUACCCUUCGGUGUCUGAACAGAGGUAGACAUUCGUGAUCGGUGGACUGAGUGAAGCCGAAGAAAAUCCUUGACACAGCAAAAUAACAAGAAAAUACAAGCAGAGGCAGGUUCCUUCCAGACACAGACACCUCCACAGAUUUCUGCUUGGACACCAGUGAGGAUUCAGGGGGAUUAUUUAUGUCCAAACACUCAAUUUGGCAUUACUGACAGUUAUUACAAAUGUGUGGUUCGGUCUGUGCCAGUUUUUGUCCUAGAGGACUCAGUCAUUAUUUAUUGAUUGUUGAUUAACAGUUAUGAAUAAAUAAAGGGUAUCAAAGUGUGUUUUUUUGACCUCUUUAGCAGCAGUUAGAUAAAGGCCACUAGGACAGUUGUUGUUGUUGUGCUCAAAUGCAGACUUCUGCCUCGGCCUCUGUGUAUGCGGCCGCAGAGAGAUAAGCCUAUCAGGAGUGGAAACGUUGGAGUCUGCUCAGCUCAGCUCAGGAAGUGGUUUGGAGUCCCAUUUUGUCAGAGGAAGAAGUUCUUGAAGUAUUCAUAUCAAACCCUGCAGAAAAAGUUUUAAUGUGUUAGAAAGUGAAGUUGGAGCAGACGCCGCUGGAGUCUACAGCGAAUUGGCUUUUUACAGCUUAUAAAUAUUUCCAAAUUACAGUCUGUUGACUCUCACCGCAUUCAGAAAUCAAUUAUUCAUGGUUUUUUUUUCUCAUCUUAGUCAGACUAUUGUGAGCCUCUUCUCAAAUGCCUUAACAAAUUGUCACUGGGAAGAUGCAGAAUGCAGCAGAAAAAACUGUUUUGUGGAAAUGUUUGAGGAGCCCACGUGUCCGCUGUGCCGGCCUUGAACCAGCUGCUUUUUGAACACAAACAUGAAAGUUAAGAAAUUCUGUUUCAUUGGCAGUUACAAGCUGUUUUUCUUUUCUUCUCUAUGUUAAUCUUGCACAAUAUUUAUGCACAAAAUUAGCAUUUUUGCUCGGCUGUUUGGAGGUUAAAGUUAUUAAAUAGACUUUUAGCUGAAGAAUAAUGAUUAUAUCAUCAUAUCAUCAUAUUACACAGAUCUGAAGUAAUGCACGGAUUGUGAACAUUAGAGCCAACUCAAGAGUUUAAAACCCCAAAGUAGCUGAUGCAGAAUUGGUAAUUAUGUGUGAAAGCUUUAUAGUUUGACAAAGAUGUGAAGAUGAAGAUAUUUUUCAUUUAGUCGAACCAUUAGGGCUGUAAAGUCCGAGUUGACUUAUUGGUUGAUACAUGCUGAGUCAACUAAAAUUUUGAUCAGUCAACUUUGAUCAGGUUUUUUCCCGCGUCAAUUUACAGUCUGGUUAAUCUCAUCAGGAGGAACGUACUGAGUGCUAAUGGGGGUGUUUUCGAAGCACCCCCCUGUCACAGGUAACAGCAUGUCUCAGAACACCCCCCUUUUUAUCACCAUUUAGGAUUCGCCCAACCCACUGGAGACCGGUUAGAGACCGGCUAGAGACAGGAAGAUUGAAGCGCGUCCAUGUUAAUCAGCGUUUGGUUGUUGAGGAAUAUUAGUAUUGUAGCCUUUUGUGUUCAAUUGCCUUCUUGUGUUGAUAGCACCAUAUUUUCACCCCGCCGAUUUUUUGUCGAAAAUUUCAGUCCAUUUUGGUCGACCAAGAGUUUCUUUGGUUGAUUACAGCGCUACAAACCAUGGAUGUCUUUUAUGUGUCCCUUAAAUGUGAUUUUAACCUUGUCUCCUUUCAGAUCGGGCUGAAACGAACCUCUGUUUUGAUCAUCAGCUAGUCUGAUUAUUGAAUUAUGUUAUUAUAUAACGGCUCAUAUUGAAUUAUCCGUUCAUCCAUUAUCUUUAACAAUUUCCCAUGAGUGGGGCUGGAGCGUAUCCCAGCUGUUAUAGGGUGAGAGGCAGGUGAAACCCUAGGUAAGUCACCAGUCUCUCAAAGGGCUAACAUAUAAAAACAAACAUAUGAGAGAUUUAGAGAGACCACUUAACCUGACAGGCAUGUUUUUAGACUGUGGGAGGAAGCUAGAGUACCCAGAGAGAACCAAUGGAUGCAGAGGGAAAACAUGCAAACUCAAAAAUCUUUAUGCAAGCCACAUUUUUAUCUGGUAUAAAAUUAGAUAGAUGACGUAGAUGACUUGCAGCGUGGCUCUGAUGUUUCUGAAAACUCUGCGUAACUCUGGGUAACUUGUCUAUGAUUAAGCUUCACUCACUUUUUAUCAGGAGCUUUUUCAGGCUAGAAAUUUAACCCCGUCUUGUCAAAGGAAGGCUGCUUGGGUGGUUUGAAGACAGAUAAUGAGCUGCUGGAGCUCUGGAAAAGAACUGUGGGAAAUCGGGCCGGCCACAUCGGUUUUGAGUAAGCCAGGCUGAUUGCCGACAGAACUCUCAAACCUACUUUCUGUCUCCCACAGUCGAAGCCCCUGAUCCCGCUCCAGAAAGAGGAGGAUCCAGAGACGCACAAAACCGUGCUGACUAACUACAUGUUCCCCCAGCAGACCAGGACUGAGGACUGUGAGUACCCUGACUAAAUUUCUCUUUCAUGGUUAAUCUGGCAGACCAUCAAACUGCUAAUGUUUCUGACCUGGUUUCUCCAAUUAGAUCCCAAAAAACAGAAGCUGGAUAAGAGAGGUUUGAGCUUGUUAAACAUCCAGUAGUCCCUAUGUGGUCAACACAAAGAGGUUUUGGUUUGGGAGCGUGCACCGUUGGGUACUACAACCCCAAUUUUUUAGGCGGAUUAAAAGUGUUUUGAUCAUGUGAAAACGAAGACUAGCAUCUCUGUUGUCGCAGUUUUAACCUACAAGUCUCCAGGCUUGACCUUGCAGCUAACUUUAAUGGAUCACUGUUUCCAUUUUUUAUGAAGGAACUUGUCACCCGAGAGCAAAGCUGCAGAAGGAACACUAGCUCUCUUCUUCAUGUCAAGCAUCUGUUAGUCUAGUUUGGAUUCCUGUUACCCCCGAAAACCAUCUUUGCACGCAAGAACUAAUAGUCCACGUGUACCUUUACCUCUCAUGUAAAGUCAAUUGUAUUUUGUGGUCAGAGGGGUGGCACCAGCAUCUAAUAUCCUCUAGUUGGAAGUAUGUUCGGCAUCUAACAGUCAGAUUUUAUUCAGUUUUCCAUAGAAACCUGCUGGGAAUCUUUCCAAAACAGUCUUAUCUGUUUCCUCGUGUUUUCCUGAGAAGCUGGAAUAAGUUACGACCCGACAGCAAUGAUUCUGUUUUACAACUUGUUGAUACCAAGGCCACACACCAGGUGACUUACAUUACCCAGAGAGCGUUCACUCUCUGUCAAAACCAGAGUGCAGGAUAUGGUCGGUCCUCCGCCGUCUCAAAAGGAACCACAGAGGUGCUUUUGAACGGCUAAUUUAGCAGCAAAUACAAGGCGACUAAAAUUAGGGUAAAGAGCUUUGAGCACAGGAAACCACACGACCCGGUGAACAAAUUCAAAGUUCAAAUCAGCUGAUAUCUUGAGCUGCUUUUGGGGAAGUUUCGCCACCUGGUUUUUUGGUUUUAUGACACAGGUUAGACACAACAGAGAGUGAUGUAUCACAACCACAGCUAACAUUUCUCACACAUCAUUUUAGGAGUAAUCAAUAGAUAUACAUAAUUCUUUCUACCUUAAUGCCUCCUAUAUUCAUUUUUGACAUAGACCUUUGUACCAGAUUCAAGCACAAGUUCCGGUGUUUCAUAAUUUUGUUCUUUUUUGACAUCAAAUCCUUUCAUUGUGUUUCAUUUUCAGUUAAAGGAGGUAAACUCCUGAAUUUCGACCUCCUCUGUGGUUCUCUCUAUCUGUCUAAAUGCCUCAUGUUGUUGUUGUUGUUGUUGUGCCACCUGGUGGUCAAAGAGUGACUUGCGUGUCUAAAGCAAAAGUUUAUAAACGCAAUUAUCUUUCCAAAAAAGAUGAGACAGUGUGUUCAUACAGAAUUUUAUGGGUUACAAAUCAUUUAAGGUGGGUUUUAUUAUUUUAUAGCAGAUAAAGAAAUUUCAGUGUUGGUAAAAAGUUGAUAAAAUGUCUGAGGUCCAGUGUGACGUUUCCACCUUCUGUGAUUGUUUGGGGUGCCAGGUCACCUGCUGCUGUUGGUCUACUGUGUUUUAUUAAGUCCAUAGUUAACGCAGCCGUAAGUCUGCCGGGAGAUUCUAGAGCAGCUGCUAAGAGGGUUCAUAGAGAUGCUGAUAUAGAACUGUGCACCUGCUCACAGCACCAAAACUACCACCAAAUGUAGUCUGCGUCUUUAAAGUGUUGGAGGUAGAUCGUUGCAGAGAGUCCUUGAGUCCUGAAUAACUGAAGGAAACCUCCCUGUUUCGAAUCUUUCCUUCUAGAUAUCCCCAACUCCGACUCUGAGAGCUUCAACCCGGCUCUGUGGGAGGAGCAGCGCAAACACCGAGCUCAGGUGGCCUUCGAGUGUGACGAGGACAAGGAUGAGAGAGAAACGCCCCCAAAGGUUUGAGUCCAACAUAUAAAUUAAGAAAGAAAAGUGACGCCAACAGUUUUAUUCUGAUGUAGCAGACCGGCUAGAAUGUCUGCCAUGAUUUGAAAAAAUGUUGUCCAGGUUGUUGGGAGAGAUUCAUUCACCUAAAUCAAGCAAACAGCCUGUUAUUUAUGGACAAUUCUUCUGUAUGAAACUAAAUGCACCACAUUCUCCAUGUAAUUCCCAUUUGCAACACCUUAAUCCCCCCUCCUCUCAUCCCACAUACAUCCAAACUUUAACCAAAUGAUUUUAACAGCUGGAUUGUGGGUAUUUGAACUCUUCCAGGAGGGAAACCUGAAACGCUACCCAACUCCAUACCCAGACGAGCUGAAGAACAUGGUGAAGACGGCCCAGUCUGUGGCCCACAGGCUGAAGGAGGAUGAGUCGGGCGACGAGUCGGGGAAAGACUCCAGACCUGUGGAGAGGAACCACAUCGGAAUCCAGGACGUCGGAGUGAAGGUCAGACUGAUCAGUUUCAGUCGUUGUCUUUACUUUACCCCUUCCAUUCUCUGCAUCUCCACUUAACACCAUCAUCCGUCCUGUUUCUGCUCAGGUCAUAGAGGCUCCAUGUCCUAACGGCACGGCAACAGACGUGGAGCCCCAAGUAUCCACCAACGCCAACACCCCAAACCAGGCUCCACUGGAAUCUAAAGAGCUCUCUGAGUCUUACAGCUCUCAGAGGGUCCCACUCAAGUCUUCAGAGGGCUCAAUGAUGAACCAUGAGGAUACCCUGGAGGUACUCUGACGCUGUCACGUUGUUUUGAGAUUUAACUGAACAGAGUCAUUGUUCGCUUUAACUAAAAAUGUCUUCGCCUCCAGGAUUCGGAGGAGCUGUCAGAUGAAGAGGAGGAGAUGAAAAUCGCCGAGAUGAGGCCUCCGCUCAUCGAGAUCUCCAUCAACCAGCCAAAAGUGGUGACUUUAAGUAAGGACAAGAAAGGUAAAAGACAAAACACCGUUUGGGAGAUUGAAACCUCCUUCUAGCUCGUGUUUUUGUUUAUUUUCUUUUUCAAACUUCAUUUGUGUUGUGUUUGAUAACAUACAGUCACGUAAAAAUGAAUUUAGAUGAGAGUUUUACACAACCAGGCGAGAUUCCACUUUCUAGACUUCUAGACAUAAAGGGAUAUUCCGGCGUAAAUUUAAGUUAUGGUCAAACACACCCUUACACUGAGUUAGACACCCCCUCGAGAGAUGAAUGUUGCCGACCGCUUGCUUCUCUAGUUAUACCAACUUAAGUAACAGAGCCCUGACGAGUCAAUUACCGAUUGCAGCAGAAAAUUUAUGAUUACUACUGCAUGGAAAUGCAAUCAGAUCGAGACGCUUAGGCCGAAGAACUAAUGCGUCUGCAGUGCACAGACAAGAUCCACAAGAGCUCUGAUUGCAUUUCCAUGAAGUAAUGAUCAUAAAUGUUCUUCCUUAAGCUGCGAAACUCCCCUGCACUCAGUGAUCAACUCGUCAGGGCUUCCCACACACAAGUGGCUGCUGGAAGAGAGUGGGUGAGUUGUGUUUAGUCUCUUUGCUUAAAAAAAUAGGGCAACGUUAAAAAGAUGUUUGGUGGCGAGUACUAUGGCUGGGACCCCAUAUGUACUGUAGAUGAAGUUAGGUGCUGUUCUGAGCAUUAUUUGUGGCUAUAUAGUGGCAUUUUGGUUGAGGUUUGCACGUGGAUCCAUAGACCACUGUGUAUUGCUAUUGUGUGGUCGUUACUAAAGUUGGUAUAACUGGAGAAGCAAGCGGUCGGCAACAUUCAUCUCUGGAGGGGGUGUCUAACUUGGUGUUACGGUGUGUUUGACCAUAACUUUAAUUUACGACGGAAUAUCCCUUUAACUUGCAACAGCUUUAAAAAGAAAAUCUGCAAUGAAACCGAGAGUAUCAGCAGAGCAACAGCUCAACUCUUUUAACUGGGACACAAAAUAAAGUUAUUUUUCAUGUCACUGGGAACAGUGUGGCCAAGACUCCUAGAAAUCAGAACCACUUCACACGUUCAUUAAGUGAGGCUCCAGCUCAGGCAGACUAACAGUGAUCCGUGUGAUUCACAGAUGACACGGACUCUCUGCUCGAUGAGACGGUGGCCAACAGCAACCAGAACAACAGUAACUGUUCUUCACCGUCGCGCAUGUCUGACUCAGUGUCACUGACCACAGACAGCAGUCAGGACAAUUCUCUGUGCACCCCCGAGAGAGAGGCCAAGAUGCCCUUCCUACCAAAAACACGGUCAGUGUCAGCUCAGAACCACUUACAUGUGAAGUCUUGUUUUCUUUCAGAGUCUGAGGAACCUCGUUGUUUUGUGUUUCAGGCAAGAAGACGAGAAUAUGAACCAGCCCCCCAAAGACACCACCCCUCUGCUUCACAACGGCAACGGCUCAGAGACGUCCCUCCAGGCCCUUUUGAAAACCCAGCAGACACCACCGGAGAAAAUGGGAGACUACGACCUCUCUAUGGAGGCCAGGCUGGCCUUCAUUGAGAAGGGGAUUAACAACGGCAUGGGAGAAACCUACACCAAGUGGGAUCAGAUCAACAUGAACGUGUCCAAGCUGCCGACGGACAACAUGGUGCAGCUGGACGGGGUAGAGAAAACCAAGAACGGCGCCAUAACGCAAGAGGACUCGGACGGCAAGCAGGGUUUUAGCAACGAGCACUUUCUGAAUGGAAACCAGCAGGUCAGUGACUGCAUCAAUAGCCAAGCGACGCGAGUGGAGACAUCUGUGGGGCAUGUGGCGUCGACAGGCGUGACAGCCAGCAGUGACAUGUCUCUGUCUCGCAGCACGGAGGAGCUGUCCCCGGAGAAAAGACCCCAUCCCCCACAGGUGACCAAGUCUCACAGCGUUAGCAACAUCGAAUCAGGAGGGAUGAAGAUCUACGCCUUCGAUGGGGAAGGGGACUCUUACGAUGUAGCAGGGAGGAUGUCAGGAGCGGGGGCCGGACCAGGAGCGCAGGGCCAGAGCAUCGUCAGGAGCAAGUCAGCGAGCCAGUUACUUAGCGACCAGUCUUUGCAGAUCCACCCCAGCUCCUCUGCGUCCUCCUCAGACCUGCUCGCCUCCUCUAAGCCUCCUGCGAGCACCAGUAGAUACCCGGUCUCCUCCAGUAUGGCUAUGGGAAUCCCACCCCCCCAGUAUAAUAUCCAGUACACAAGCAGCGCCAUGCCGAAAGACGGCCUCUGGACUCAGAGGACGCCCAUGCCCCCUGAGCACCAAGGCUACCUUCCCCCUCCUCCUCCUCCUCACUCUCUAGCCAACACCAACUAUUCAAACCGGAACCAGGCGCCUCCGUACCCCCAGCAGAGGGGGCCCCCCAUGGGUGCCAAACAAUCAGGGGACAUGUGGGCUAAAGAGAGACUCCAUCCUGCUGGAGGGCAGCCUAGAAGCAGCACCCUGCAGAGGCAAAGCAGCACCACCUCCACAGCCUCCAUGGGAGACCCCAGGCGCAUGCAGAUGCCCGAAGGUGAAUACAUGACGUACAGAGACAUUCACACCCUCGCCAGGGGGCCGCUAGCAAUGAGCACGGCCAUGCAGAGGCCCCUCUCGGCUCGCACCUACAGCAUCGACGUACCCGGAGCUUCCAGGCCCGUGAGCGCCAGGCCGCAGCCCCACGAGCUUCCAGAGAGGACCAUGUCUGUGAGCGACUUCAACUACCAGCACGGCAGCCCCAGCAAGAGGCCCAACGCCAGGGUGAGGUCCGAGCACUCGCUGCUGGACGGGCAGGGAGGAGGAGCUGGAGGAGGAAGGGUGCCGGCGGACUGGAGGGACCAGGUGAUGCGGCACAUCGAGGCCAAGAAAAUGGAGAAGGUAAAAAAGACGCCGUAAUGUUUUUGAAUGUUUAAUCCUUCUUUUCAUUCAGGUACUGUUUGGAAACAUGAGCUUACAGAUUCGCCUGGUUCUUAAAUUAGAUUUUUCCACCCCCGCAGAAGAAAAAGAUGCUUGAUAAUGACUCAAAUAAAUUCUAUUCUUUUAAUUAUUGAUGAAACUUUCACUCAGUAAUUCACAGAUGCACAUGCAAUAAGAAACUAUGUCUGCACUGCAUCACUUCCUCUUGGAGUAUUUUUAAAACAGAGCUGCUGAUCAGAUCCUGUCUUUACAUUUAAUGUGAAUCAAAGCCAUUCUGUGUAAAGCCUCAAUCAGUGGUUCUCAACUGGUGGGUCCCGAUCCACAAGUGGGUCACGCACAUGUUCUGGAUGGGUCACAAACAGCUGGUCAAAAAAGUAAAUAUUUAAUGUGAUAUUUCUUAGAUAUUUGAUAUUUUCUGUAUAAGCAACUUCAGUAGUUGUCGUCCUCAUGUUGUCUCCUUCAUGCGCUCUGAAAUGCGCUUUACUCAAUAAAACAAGUGGAUUUAUGUUAAAGAUUAGAGUCUUUAAAGGUUUUUUUAUAUAAAAAAUAAAUUUGCUUGGUUUGAAUUCUAUAAAAGUGGGUCACGACUUAAGGACCAUGAGGAAAUAUGGGUCCCAGAGUGAGACCAGUUGAGAACCACUUGCCUAAAUAUCGUCAUUAUUUAGAUGAAUUCACUCGUAAAUAUGAAGCUUACUAACCCAGCUGAAUGCCGGUGCAUGCUUGUCUGUAAAUGCUGUCAACCUCUCUGUUUUUGUUGUGUCUCUCAUGUUGACGCCCGUCUGGUGGACUUGCAUGGUCACCGCUGACACUAUGGUUUGGCGCUGGUUGUUUCAUGUCAUCCCUCUGUUCAGAACGCGCUGUCUCGCUCCUAUAAUUCCAAUAACUCCCCGCUGAGCUGGUCUCACUACGGCAGCUGUAGGGAUAUGCAUGCCAGCCAAGGCUCUCUUGUGUUUAGUACCAGAGACGGACAGCCCUACGGAGCUCUGGGCUUCUGUGUGAGUACUGUGUGAACCUGCCGCUCAUACUAAGCCGGGGCUUCCAGUUCUUGCUAGUUUCACAUCCUGUAGACGAUCAAAAAUGUCUGUUUCCUCCUCUCCUUGGUGCUGAGAAGUGUCCCAUCUUUCACUUGACCUUUUAUGGGCAAAUGAAAAGAUGUCCCCCUCAUGUCUGAUCUAUCAUAACCACAAACCUUUUCUGUGACGUGUGUGCUGACGUAUUAGAAAGUUAAACCUGUGGCUUUAACUGAUAUUUGAACAUUUCUCUCACUGUGAUGCAGACUGUUUUGUUUGAAAGGGGCUCUUUGAGUUUUUUGUACCAGCGUCCGAUUGAUUUAGCAAGAAAAUAAAGAGGGAAUCGGCAAAAUGUGAGCUCUGAUUGACUAAAACAAACAAAUAUUAAAAGAAUUAUCUGAAGUGUAGCUGCAAUAUGUAAUUACAUGUGAACAAGACCACGAUUGUGCCUUGUUAUUGUGUCUUGUGUUUGUUGAGACACAUUUCUUACUAAAUCUAGGUGACAUUUAAGUGUCACGCAAAGCUGUUGCAACAUUAAGCUGUAAGAGGAAGUUAUAUUAUGUUCCUAUUUUCAAAACUACAAACUACAGCUCUACUUAUGUCAAUAUAUUUGGGGUUCAAUGAUUGUAGCAAUCAGGCAGUAAUAAUCAAAGUUUGUCCUCCAAAAGUGUUUGUUUUUGCCACAAACAGGCUCAGAUUUUAAAUUCAAGAUCCUUUUUUUAUCAUUUUAUUUCAUGUUCACUAGAAAAUAUCUUUUUAAAGCCCCUGUGAGGAGAUUUGUGACAUCUAUGAAAGCCUGAAACUCCUAUCAAUGACUUUUUAUGACGUCCAGAAGUAAUCUAAGAUUUUUACGCCUUAAAAGCAAUGUGAGGGGGGUAGCAGCUGAAGAAACAGGUUUGUUUUUUAAAUUUGCUGCAUUGAAUAAUUUAACUAAAUGAAUUACUUUCUCUACCGGGGUGCACCAUGAUUCUCUCGCAUUAAAAGUUCCUCACAGGAGCUUUAAAGCCACCAAACUUCACUGACAAAAUGGACAUUUUAUUUCACUCAACGUGGGAGUUGCUUGUCUGCCUCGUGUUUAGCAAUACGGGUCAACACAGAAAGUUAAAAUCAGUGUUUUUGUCAGUGAGGUUCAGCAGCUGACAGACAACAGGUCCAGUAAAAGUACCUUAUUCUUAAGUUUUUUAGGUGUAUUUGCUCUGAAAUCUUCUCUGUGAUGUUAGACUGUGAGAAUAGAAAUUCAAGUCUAUGUUCAAAAUCCUAAUUUUGAGCACUUGGAUCAGGCUCAUUUGACAAUAUGGAUUAUGCCUCAGCAAACAGUUUUUUCAGCCAGUUUGAGGCUUUUUGUGUUAGACGCUUCAUCUUCAAAAUAUACAAAUCUAGGGUUUGAGUAAAAUAGUGGAAUUGCCCUUUUAAGCUUUUCCUUGGAUUUAUAUUCAAGGAUUUCUACACUUGGUACAAAACAGCCCCCUUUUAAACCUCCAGGUCCUUUAACACGAUCACUAUCUCAGUGUGCAGAAAUUAAUCCUGUGAUUGUGAUGCAUCUCAACAACCAUGAUUUUCUCCCCCCGCCCCUCUGCACUUUUAAUCCUUCUUAAUCAUCUCCACUUCAGCUUUUUUUGAUCCCCUCAUAACCUCUCACUCUGUGUGUGGGGAGGAAACUGUGUUUGCUCACGGUAAGUGAGAGGAGAGUGUGUGUCUAAGUGAUUUAGAAAAGUGGUUUUUGUUAGAGGUCUACGUGAAGAGUUUCCUGCGACCCCUUAAACUCCCUAACCUUUAACUCCAGCUGGUAUGAGAAUAACAACAACAGAUCUGUGUCUGAAUAGAGAGUGAGCGGAGUUCAACCUGAGUUUUUCAUCAUUUUAAUCAAAUGUCACUCUUUCCUCCUCCUCCUCCUUCCCGUCCAGAUCCACACAUCACUCCCUAAUGUCAUUACCAGACAUGAGAAAUGUUCAUGUCAGUGUCUAAUAGUCUGUCCCCUCUAAUAUCCCGUGUGUAGAUGAGGUGAGAUGAGGGCGCUGCAUUCAUUAUCAUGACUUUCUCUCCUUUCAGGAUGAUGUAUUUGUUUCCCAAGGGCAGCAGAGUUACACCCUGGACCCCCACAGAAAAGUGAGUUUCACACAAACAGACUUUUAUCCCCAAAUUCACCCGACAUAGUUCAACAUCGAACCUCUCUUCAUCCUCCUCAGGUGCCUUUGAUGAACGGUCAGAUGGGCCCUCCUGGUCGUCCCCAGAUGAGCCAGGCUCCCAUGGCCCGCCACCCUUCCAGAGAGCAGCUCAUAGAUUACCUGAUGCUCAAAGUGUCCCAUCAGCCGCAGGGGCCGCCGCGAGUCCAACACGACGCCAUGCAACAAGAGGUGACUGAAUUUAUUUAUUUAUUUAUUUAUGCGACUGAAAAUAUUGAUUUCUACUUUUACUCGUUAAAAUUAGAAACCGGUUUGGACAGGAGGUCAGAAAAAUACAACUUCAACAUAUUAUUGACCGCAGCCUUGAAGUCUAUAACCAUCAGAUGUUUGAAACCAGAACCUCCCUCACACAAUAUCGGGAUUCAAGAAGUAUGGGAUAUUUUUAAAAUGGAGCAGAUCACAUUUUCAUUAAAGCUUCGGAGGGCCUCCUUUAUUGAAAGUUGGGAACUUGUGGUACCUUUAUUGAUGCAAUGACAGUUUAUGUUAAUGGUGUAAAUACUUCCUGUCCAUGUCAAAAUACUGUCAUCCUGCCUCUGACUAGAAUCUGUGCCUGUAAUGUACUUUGGAGUGGACAUCGUUUAUCUGCAAUGAUUACUAUGAUUAUUCUCUUUGAUUUAAUCCCACAUUAUCUGUGGAUGUUUGUAAAAACAUCUGCAAAGAAAUGUAUUGUAUUGAGAUCAGUGUUGUUUUCGUUAACGAUGACAUUGACGAAAAUAUUUCAUCAACGUCAUCGUCAACAAAAACAACACUACAGAAAAUAUGUUGAGCGUUUGACUGACGAAAUGCUCAUGAAUUUUGCAACUCUGAUCGUCGUCCACCGCUAACGUUUUCGUCUAGUCUCGUCUCGUCAACGUAAACGCCACAUCGUCACAUUUUAGUCAUCUAAGAUAUGUUUAGCUCGUCAACGUCACGUCUUCGUCGUGGAAAAAAAGGGGCGUUGACGAAAGAUUUUCGUCAACAAAAACAACCAGUAUUGUUUUCGUUGACAAUGACAAUGAUGUUGACGAAAUAUUUUUGUGAAUGUCAUCGUCAACGAAAACAACACUGAUUGAGAUGUGUACUCUGUAUUGUUGUGGUUAAAAAUCUAAUAAAAAUCAAGUUUAAAAAAAAAUCAGAUACAGAGAGUUUCAACAUAGAGUCACCAGACAGACAGCUGAAGUGGGGUCACAGUCAGAUGGAUUUUGGGUCCUAAUAUUUCUGAUGGUUUUAAAGAUCUUGCUAGAUUUCCUUUCAUAUGAUUCCUACCUCGGCUAAUGGGUCUUGUUCACCAGCUUAAAGAACCUGCCACAUGCUUUGAUAAAGGGGAUCUGUAGAUCUCUGACACCAAGAGGAAAUCCUUUAAAAACACCAGAUCCAGACCCAGCUGCCAGCUCAAAUUCACUUAUUGCUGACAGGUGCAUCUGGUGACAGCGGACUAGUAAUGUGAGGUAUAGGAGAAUGAUUGUACUUCCCCAGUCUAAGAUAAAAUACAUGUAUGAAUAAAUAUAAAGCAUGAAGCUACAGCAGCAUCAACUCAGGCUUUUUGGCUUUUACUACCCACGUUCAAAACCUCUAAAAAUGAAUAUUUGAAUUAUUUAAGUCCACAUUUAAACUUCCAGAGACAGCAGCAGCCUUAAAGUGCUCUUACUUGAAAAAAGUAAGCACAACAAAUUCAAAGCGUAAUCCCAAAGCAAAAGCUUAGACGGACAUCAGAGUACUGCUCCUAUUUCUGAAUUCCAGACCGUCACUCUUCCUUCUUCAUUCACAAGAAUCUUAGUCAAUGGGUUAAAAAAAAGUCCCCACCAUCUGCUGUGGUUUCUUGUUGUGACAGUGUGAAAACAGAGUAUUAAAGUGUGAAUCAACAGCUAAUGAAAGUGUGUGGGUGUGUUUCAGAUCCGUGUGAAAGUGGAGAAGAAUCCAGAGCUGGGGUUCAGUAUAUCAGGAGGAGUGGGAGGCCGGGGAAACCCCUUUCGACCAGAUGAUAAUGUAAACUCAGAUUUCUUGUACUUUUCUAUUUUAUUCUUCAUGUUUAUAUCUGUAGAUUAUUUAGAAAACAUUUUAUAACAAUGUAGAGAUCAACAUUUUUCUCUGUUGUUUUAGGGUAUUUUUGUGACGAGGGUUCAACCUGAGGGGCCAGCGUCCAAGAUUCUCCAACCUGGAGAUAAAAUCCUCCAGGUACGCUGCAGUCAGGCAAAGACUUUCUCAUCAUUUUGUCAUUCAUUAAUUUCAAUUUCCUUAAUUUUCACGAGUAAAUUCUCUCUUUUUUUGCAGGCGAAUGGAUACAGCUUUGUGAAUAUCGAUCAUGGGAAUGCAGUGUCCCUCCUGAAGACAUUUCCAAACACUGUGGAUUUGACUAUCAUGAGAGAAAUUCAAGCAUAGACUUCACUGACCUCUGAAGAAAAGGAUGGGGGGCGGGGACACGAGAGAGGAGAGACGAACAGAUGAAAUGAUGUUGACUCUCAUAUUUUUAUACCCAGAGGAGACUGAUCUGUCGAUACCUGUAAGGACUAUUUAUAGUAGAGAUCUUCUAGCCUUGAUUCAACGGGGAAAACCACUGAAUGUAGUGGAUCAAAGUGAGACGGCGGCAAAACCUCUGCAAGUACGAGUCCUCAAAAGGCCAUCACUGUGGUAUAUAUAUUUUUAUACAAAAGAAGCUGAAGAUAUGACCUGCUCUGAAGCAAAUAAUUACUGUGGUCUCUGUACAGAUCAUCCUUUUUUUUUUUUUUUUAGUCCAAAUCACAUAAAUCCUUUAUCAUAAAUUAGGUUUUACUUCUGCGGACUGACACAAAUCGACCACAAGGGGGCAGGGCUCCCUCUUUCUGUCAUCCAUUUUGCCUUUUUUUUUUUUUUUUAAGAAACUUUUUAUUUAAGAUGUUGAAACCAUUUUUUUUUCUGGUCAUGCGAUCUUAUAUGGAGGACGAUGUUACGUGAUUUUCCUGUGGAGACGAAUGUAGAUCAAGGAGCGGUUUGAUUUUGUUUGUACGAGCGAGAGAGAGAUUAUUUCUUUCACCACCUGCAAAAUGGGAGAGCUGAGAAGAGGAAAUCAUCCACCCCCUGCUUCCACAAGCCUGCGAUCACCCUCCAACGCCCUCUUCUAUCCUCAUCACAGCAACUGCUCAGCAUAUCACCUGACCAGACUACCUGCGCUGUGUUUGGAUGAAAUAUAUCAGCAAAUCACAGCCUCUCAGAUGAUGAAGAAAUGCAGUCAGAGAGAGUUCAUUUGAUAGAAAUGUCUGGGAAAUCAAAGAGGGGAGGUGUAGUUUGUUUGCUCAGCCUUAAAACCUGUUUUUGCCAGUCAGAAGAUUCUAUUUAAACCAAGAGUUUGACAUUUUGGGAAAUAUUCCUGUUUGCAUGAGAUUAUUUUAGAUUUUAAAGAGAGCUACGAAACAAGGAAUUCUGGGAUCCUGGCCAACACAGCAGCGUUCAAGUGUUUACAUCGAUUAAAAAAUAACAACAGAACAAAAGUGAGAUUGAGCAAAAAUGAUGAACUGGAACAUUGGAGUCUUUGUAGCUCCUCAAAAUCUCAGUUAUUAAAGCUCUAUUAAGGGACUUUUUAAACAUUUCUAGUCAGCUGGUUGCAUUUUUGACUCUUGAAUUUAAGAAGGGUUUAAAGGACAAAAUAGGCAAGGUGCAGCUUUGUCCACAGGGGGGCUCCAAUCUUAACACAAAUGCGACUUGUUGUUGAUUUCAUAUCUCUCUCUCAGGCACCAUAACUUCCUUCAAUCCCAGCUGGUAGCCUGUCAGUUUGACUUUUUAAACCUGAACCCUAAAAACCUUUUAAACUUGCUGGUUAAAUCUCAGUUUUUGUAAGCACCAAACUAAUGAACUUAAAGCUCCUGUGAGGGACUUUCUGUGUGUUUAGAUUUUGCCUUCUUUGUGCCUUGUUGCUCAUUAUGUUGCUUAAUAUUAUGAUAAAAGUCUUUCCUUGGAGUCUUUAAACAGUCACUGUAAAAUAUGACACCUACCCCCCUCUUGCAGUAGUUAAAGGCACUAAAAAUUAUAAAUUAGACUUUUUCAGCUUCCUGCUUGUUUACUUUUGUAGAUCCUAAAGAGACAUCGCUUAAAUUCAGUCUGUUUCAAAACCAGAUAAAAAGUCCCCACAGGAGCUUUAAUUAAAAAUCUUUCAAAGUUUGUAACCGUCUUACAGCUCAAGCUUGUUAUCGUCCUAUAUCUAUGUGAAAAUUCCCCAAAAUGUCAAGACUUUACCUUUUUAGUACAGAGAGAUGUUAGCAGUUAUGCUAGUCAACCAAAGCAAGUUUAGAUAUCGUGGACGGAGGGCAAAGGCGGGAGACGACCUAAGGAAGAUAUCUGAAUAAGAUCAUAUAGACAUUCACUUGCGUUUUACUUUGAAAGGGCUUCAUCUUUCAGGCAGCCAUUGUUUCACGAGGGGGUUUCAACAUCUGUCCGUUUUGUUUCGUUAACAUGGGAGAAGACCACAGUUUGCCUUUUAUUUUUUUGUCUUUUGAAGUGUUUUAACAUGCUUUUACUCAUCACUUUCAGUCCGUUUUUUUUUCUCUCUCUUUGCUGUACAGAGAGUUAAGUUGGGAGACGCGAGUUGUCAAGUGCCAUAGACCUUGAACUGUUUGAAAAGGGGGUGACUUUGACCCCAGAGCCCAAGCAAUAUUCACAUAGUCACCAUCAUCUGAGAACAUUAGCAGCGCAACGGCUUGAAAGCAAUAUAAAAGCCUUUAUUUUCAUUCAGAAGAAACCACGACAUCAGAUCACAUUUUUAAAAAAACACAACCUUUUAGUAAUCCCUGGUGAUUUUACAUGAUUUUUAUAAUGUGAAAGACUCUUUUUUUGUAAUGAAAUAGCACAGGAUAUAUAUACGAUAGUGCUAAAAAAAGAAGAAAAGAUCUCUGCAUUGUGUAAGCGUGAAUGUCUGUGUCACUUUGCCCGAGGCUUUUUACUGUUAGUUGCUCGAUUACCAUGAAUGCUCAUCUUCAUUUGUGAAAAAUAAUCGAAGAGAAACGAGUCACAGCCACAUCUCCGAACAUUCCCAGUGUUUGUCAGAAGGUGUUUUUAAGUCUGUACUUUUCAUUCACUUGUAAAUAACUUUUCAGUGAAGACGUAUUUCCAAAAGGAAUGGAAAUGAUCAAAUUUUCAUACUAAUCGAUGGCCCUAUAAACUCUAACCGCACAUUUGUGACCACUGAAUUGUUUGUUAGAUAUUUAAUAGACUUCCAUUUUAAAAUGGCAUUCCCUCAAAUUAUUUGCAGUCGACUGUGUUAACGUCUACUGCACUAUUCCCAUAUGUAGCAAAGUUUGACCAAUACUUAAAUUGUGGCAUAGUCAAACAAAGUGAGAUAUUCAUAGUGAUAAAGAAUAAAAAUAAAGGGGUAUUCCAGCACUUUUAACUUGAAUUUUACAAAUGAAAGGCCAAUUAAAAAAAGGCUUCAGGAUGAUCGGUGUAACAUGUUAUGCGUCAAAUGUCUCUAUUUCUGCUGCUGACAGAUUACCAAGUGAACUACAUCGCUCUGGAAAAUAAUGUGAGGUUUCAUGUCAAGUUUAAAAGUUGAAGUGUUUUUUUAAAGCAGCCAAACUCCACUAACAAAAAGGUUAAUUUUCCUGACAGAGCUCUGGAGUUGCUGAUCUACCACUGCCUUAGUCGUUUGAACUUUGUGGUCUACCGUGUGAGCUCUGAUUUAACAAAACACAUAAAUAAAAUAGGGAAGUAGUCAGCAGAAGCAGAGGUAGAACAGCAACUCCUGUGUUUUUCACAGUUAAGUUGCCAGCUCAAUGUAAACUGGUUUCUAAGGAGACGAUGUAACAUGGACCUGUCAGUGAUAUUUUUAUCUGUAGUACCUAGCAGCAUCUUGGAAUUGCUUGUCUACCUCCACCACCACAAUGACAUGUGAAAAGACAGCUGGUCUCAGCAAUAGUAGACCAACAACUCCCAUGUCUCUGUAAGAUUCAGCCACUGUUUCUUCUGAUAGCGAAAUGAGAAAUGUCCAUUUCUUGUACUAAGCAGGCCUUGGAAUUGCUGCUCUACCUCUGUUAUGAUCAGAAAUGUUAUCUGCCUUAGGUGAUUGAAAAUGUGAGCAGAGCCACAAUAAUAAAUCAGAGACAUAGCUGGUCUCGGCGGUGGGAGACCAACAACUCCCAUGUUUCUGCAAGAUUCAGUCACUGUUUCUUUUCUACCUCCACCAUGAUCAAUUAAUAGAUUUAAAGUGUUAUCUGACUGAAGUGAUAAAGCAGAAUCCAGUCAAGGCAGCAGUAGACCAGCAACUCCCAUGUCUUAGGAAAUUCAUUUACUGUUUUUUUCAAUCAAGUCUGCCUACUUUGGAAUAACUCUCGUUGGAAAGGUAAUGUCACCUUAACUAAAUUCUGCACAAACCAGCAAACCCUGGAGUUAUUUGUCUACCACUUCCUCGAUCAGUGAGUCAGUCUGAAUUAAUGGUGGGAUACAACAAACUUCGGACCCUUUGACAACUUUUAAAACACAUUUGUUGAUACUGAGCCUCAAAUAUGUUUGAAAAAUUUAAGAUUAAAAAUGCAGGAAAUCCCCUUUAAAUUAGAAAUAAUGGGUAGAUUUUCUAAGCAAAGCUGAACCCAUAGACUUAAAAGUGAAUCUAAAACUGGUGAAAUGUUGAAAGACUAAAAAUGAGUAAAAAGUGUGUUUCCCAAAUUUGUCACUGAACUUUGUCGUGUUUUACACGUAUGAAUUGUUGUUAAUAUUGUUUGUUUUAAUUUUGUUGCUGACUUCUGUCGACUUUUAAGCAUAGGGGGGUAUAUCUUUCUGGGGUUACGGUCACUUUAUUUAUACACAUGACAAAAAAAUACAUGCAGUCUGACAUUGUAGACAAUCUUGGGAGAUACAAAAAACAAUGUUGUAACAUUUUCUUCAUUCACGUUGGUCUCUUUCUUCCGCUCCUGUACUGUUCUUAUUUAUUUAGCAGUCUUCUGUGGUUUUUAGACCUUACUAAUCAAAUUGUAAAUACUCUAAAAAAGAAAUUUGAGAAAAAGAAAUUAACAAUGGCAUUAGUGACUUGCGAUUGUAAAACCAGCAAUAAAUUGCAAUGCAGAGGCACCCGUUUUAAUGUAUAGCUAGUAUUUCUAAGGUUUCUCUGGAAACAGCCACAGUCAGAUGAUGAUGAUGAUGAUGAUUGAUAUGCAUUUAUCCAACAUUCCAGAUUUUGUACAUAAUUACCUGUUUCUGAAGUAACCUGUGGAAAAUAAAACUAAUGCUCUUUAAGGAGAA